GUGACCUUGUGCUGUGGGCAGCCUGUGCUCGCUUUGAUCUGAUCUCUGGAGAAUGUCAGUUGCUUUGUCAUAGAGCGGCGCAGUCCCUCUAUGGGAUGCUGAUACCCUCCUGCGCACUUUUGGGGUUACCAUGGCGGGAUCAGUGGAUGCAAUGUUGGCCAGGGCAAAAGACGUUUGCAAGAGGAAUGGUCUGCUUAUCCUGUCCGUGCUGUCAGUCAUUGUGGGAUGUCUUCUGGGAUUUUUCCUUAGGACCCGGCGUCUCACUGAGCAGGUAAAAGAGCUACUCAAAUUAACCACAGCCUGACAUUGUUAUUUGAUAUUAAAUAAAAUCACCAACACAUUAUGUAGCACAGUAUAACGUGAUUUAUCUGCUUUAUUUGUAUGGUGUCAACAAACAGCUUGGAAUACAGUAUGGAACAGUGCAGCUAAAUAUAACAUAGACGAGUUAUUGAUUUGUUCUGUAAUAUCGUUUCCCCUAAGCAUCUUAUUUGUGAACAGCCCAGCACUGAAAUGGUUAAAAUACAUUUUCUUCCCUUUUUUGGAAAUAUGAAGUGUGACAGUUAUUAUGUGGUGCAUAACACGCUUAUUACAUAGUAUGUAUAGUUAGGAUAGAAGCGCAAUUUUGUGUUUGGGCCUAAUUUCAUGGAUACUUAAAAUUUGAUUUUGCCAAUUUACCUAAAUUUGUUUGGUAUUAUUUUCACCAAAUUUCUGAAAUCUUGGUGGGUUAAUAAUUAUUUCAGAUUAUGUGGUAUCCUUUAGCAUAAAACACAUCAGAUGGAUUUAGAAAAAGUAGCACAAAAAAACAAACAACAAUUUUAUAGUACACCACAGGUGAAGGCAAAACUAAAAUACACAUGUUCAGAUACCCAGGUAUUAGAAUUUCUAAGAAACCUACUGUCUCGUGGGGAAUGUACUUCCCAAAACGCCCUCAAAAUGUAAACAUUUACAUGUGGCCUAAUUCCCAUAUACAGUAAAUACAGAUGCCUGGUUAAAACCAGGUAAGUGUAUUUCAAAGGGCACUGCAGCCACCUAAUACACCAAGAGGCUUUCUUAAUGUCUCUUCUCCUGGGUUGCCAUUCAGCAGCACUGUACAGACUGAGCUGUAAUUAAACUUUAAAGUUGAGCAGGGUUGGUUUUCCAGCCAUGUUAUGAAGAUCUCAAUGGUUGCAGCUUUUUCUGUAGAAACAAGCGAAAACAGGAGAAAAGAUUUAAUACAACUCAUACAGGAAAUUGCUCAUUGUUUUGGAUCAAAUUAGACAUAAUCACAAGUAUCCUACAAUUUCUGAACUUCUUGUAACUAGCGUAAUUUAUACAUUGCCGAGCCAAAUAAUGUCUCAGCUCCAAAGGAAUCUGCUUAUUAAAUCAAUGCCUCAUGGACAACCUAGCGAUGCCGAAUUUAACUAUUUCCCUGCUGGAAUGUAGGUGGAGCACACAAGAACACGCAGAGCUAAUGUUACAUCUUUUCCUGCUAGAAUCACAAAAAUCUUACAUAUGAAGCGGUAGGUCUAGAAAAGGAUUUGCAGGUUUAUUCGCUAAAGUGUGAAUUUCUAGGAAUUCAAAGUGAAUUUCAAAUUUUGGGCAAACUUGCUAAACUGAAAACACAGCUGGCUGGGAGAUUUUUUGAUCCCAUUAAGCCAUUUGUGGUUUAAAAUUUGACAUUUACUACAAUUCACACUUAAGAGAGACACUCUGGGAACCACCACCACUACAGCUUAAUGUAAUGGGUCUAGGCAUGUGUAGGCAACCUUCGGCACUCGGAUGUUGUGGACUACAUCUCCCAUAAUGCUGGCAAAGCUUCAGAAGAGAUAUACUCCACAACAACAAUCACUGCCUUUUCUGUAUUCUAAUGCUAAAUGCCAUAGUGAACUGUGCCCAUAGUCUUAGGCCCAAAACCCCCAUGCACAGUAAAAAACGGAAAAAUAAUUUUUGUUACCUUUUUUUCCAGUAUGCUGCCUGCUCUUCCUCCUACAAUGCUAAUCUGGGAGGUGUCUCCGCAAGGGUUAUGGGCUAAUCUACUGUUCCUCACAGAGACGCACUGGGGACAAGAUGCACAUGCGCAACAGUUGCUGUGCCUGUAUCCAAUCAAAUGCUCCUCCUUGGAAAGCAUUGAAUUCAAUGCUUUUCCACAAGCAGUAUUUGAUAACAUUCGGUGUCCUCAUGAACAUCGAACGUCAGAUGAUCGGGUUUCAGUCGGUUGCUGCAAAGGAGCGCCUCUAGUGGCUGGAAGACAACUGCUAUGUUUUAGAUUGCAGUGUUAAAACUACAAGGCCAAUACACCCAGACUACUUAAUUGGAAUGAAGUGGUCUGAGUGACUUUAGUGGUCCUUAAUGAAGCCACGACUAGCUGAUAGUCUUCCUCUACCGCAUUUUCCACUGCUCUCCACUGUUUACGCAAUACUUGUAAUAAUGUUUAUGUAAUUUUGCGGUAUAUGUAACUGAGUGCACCAGGGAGUUUACAUUGGGUUGUGUUUGGUUUUGUCAUUCAUUGGCAAUCUCUCCCAGGUAAUAACCGCUUGUUGUACAGGUGACAUAUCUUCCUCUCCAUGGUAUUAAUUAAGUCAUAGGUGUGUCUAGAUUUAGAGGUCACACCUAGAGCUUUCUUUUCAAUAAUCAAUAUUACUUGCGGUAAUAUAUUGCCCAUUCACAUGCUUGUUUCUCAUGAAAUGUUAUAGUGCAUUUUUAUUUAAUUAAAACAUAGUAAUAUGCUGGCAUUAUACAAUAUAUAUAGCUACUCUGCCUAUAGCCCUUCCUCUUAAUUUCACAAAUGAAUUUGUUUAAGGAACAAUGAAACAAAGGUACGUGUCUAAUUAGAAUACACAAUGUCUAACUACUAUCAGUGUAUGUUCACAUAUACGUGCAUUUGUUGCUGUUGUGAAUCUCUCUAGGUUGUUUGUCGUUACAGUGCUUAUUUGUAUAUUAUUUGCUCAAUUUGAUUAUCAAGGCAUCUGAAAUAUAACUUUAGUGACAUUGCUUCCCACUCAUCACAGCAGGGGAGUUGUUUUUCCUGUAUUUUCUGCUCAUGUGCGAGCACCUACAUUAAUUUUUAGGCAUUGGUAACAAAUGGAAAAACAAUUUCAGUGGUUUACUAAGCCAUGUUUUGCUACUGAAUUUAAUGAGUGUAGAUUACGUCUUCAGGAGAAUUGUUUGAGUCUUUAAUGUAACCUAUGGGGCAUUCUUUCACCGAACUGAAGAACAGAGAGAUUGUGAUUGCUUUGCCAUUGCAAUCAUCAUCAUCAUCUGUUAAUUUUUCACUAAAUUUCAAAAUAAAUAAUUUUAAUGUACUCUAACCUGUACAAGAAGGGUAACACUCGCUUGUGUUGUCUGAAUAGUGGACCUCAGACAGGAAGACAAAAGCAUACCUUCCAACACUGGGUGGUAUGGAAUCUGGGUGGGUGGGAGGGACCAUUGCGUCCCUGACAAACAUGGACAUACUUAGAGUGCUCUCUGCAUGGUCCUAUUACUCUUUGGACAGCACAAGCACUUCUAAUAAUGCGCUCGCACUGUACUGCCCAUGUACUGUCCCUGGUGUCCCCAGUUACAGGAAACCAGAAAACUAAUUCAGGACAGUAGAACAGGAACUUAAAAUCAGGACUGUUGGGACAUCUGAAAAAGACAGGUCAAGAAAGGCAAUUCUAUGAUGUCAUAUUUUUCUCUCCAUGAAAAUAUCAUGUACAUAUAUUUACACAAUACAGGGUCUAUAAGCUUGGCUUGUUGUAUAAAGUCUGAUUUCACCCAACACCGACCCCUUUUCUUCCAGUAGUGGUAUGUUAACCUUGAGAUUGGGGACAAAGCUGAGAAUGUCGGUUCUAACAUAAUGUUAUAAGUAUGUCUGAAAGGAUGGGGGGACAGUGGACACUGUGAAUGUUAGUUGUAACACAAUGUUAUUAUAUAAGUAUGACUGGACACUGUGAAUGUUGGUUCUAACACAAUGUUAUAAUGUGAGUAUGAUUGAAAGGAUGGUGGAACAGUGGACAUUGUGAAGGUUGGUUCUAACACAAUCCUAUAAUAUGAGUGUGUCUGAACGGAUGGGGGGACAGUGGAUACUGUGAAUGUUGGUUCCAACACAAUGUUAUAAUAUAAGUAUGACUGAAAGGAUACGGGGACAGUGGACACUGUGAAUGUUUCUUCUAACACAAUGUUAUAAAAUGAGUAUGUCUGAAAGGACGGGGGUGUGGGGGCAGUGGGCACUGUGAAUGUUAGUUCUAACACAAUGUUAUACUAUCAGUAUGUCUGAAAGGAUGGGGGGGCAGUGGACACUGUAAAUGUUAGUUCUAACACGAUCUUAUAAUAUGAGUAUGUCUGAAAGGAUGGGGGGACAGUGGAGACUGUGAAUGUUGAAUCUAACACAUGUUCUAUUUCUGCGUUCUGCAGGAGAUCAGUUACUUCCAGUUUCCCGGAGAGCUCCUUAUGCGAAUGCUGAAGAUGCUCAUUCUACCUCUUGUGGUGUCAAGGUAAAAAAAUAAAACUCUGGUGAAUCCUCAUAUAAAAAAAAUCAUUUAGAUCUGAGUAAUACUCCAUUGCCAGAUCUCUAAUUAAAGGGGCACUCUAAGCACCAUAACCACUUAUGCUCAUUUCAGAAGUUACCGUUUGAGGUGUUCCCCUAUUGUUUAUAAAUGGUCACAACAAAUCAAUAAAGCUGUAAAACAUCUCUGACAUCAAUUGGUGAAUUCAUCUUUCCUCUAUUCCUAGCCAAACUUAUAGGUUGAAAUGUGUACACUUUGUGAGCUUUCUGUCACUUACAGGGUUAUUCACUAAGGUGAGAAUUCAAAGUGAAUUUCAAAUUUAAGGUUAAAAUAGUGGUAAAAAUGAUCUACGGCAGCCAUGCUUUUAUAUCCGCUUCCGGACCAUAAAUCGAUACUUCAAACCCUUUUAAAAACAUUUUUAGAAUGCCCUUUUGGGGAUUACUCUUUAGGUCCCCCCAUAAACGCUAAUUAAUAUAAAAAAUGAAGCUAUAACUCACCAGAAAUCGAGCACUGCACAAAGGUCCCCAUCUGACAUCACAGCAGCCGCCAUGUAGUCCAAUGAAAUGUGGCUGCUGCCGUGCAUGUGCUCUGGGUCUUUAAUUGGGAGGGAGAUGGGGAAGGAAUAUAAAAAAAGCUAACAGAGAAUUUAGGGAAGAAGGGAAGGUUUCAAAGAAAGAAGUAGGGGAGAUAAGCGCCUAGUUACAGAUGUAAAUUGGGCAGACUAGAUGGGCCGAAUGGUUCUUAUCUGCCGUCACAUUCUAUGUUUCUAUGUUAAAUUUUGCACAGAGCAGACGCUGGGUUUGUGGGAUUUAUUUGUACUGUUCAGGAACCGAACAAACUCACGAACUGGGAACUUGUUAACCCCUAUUUUGCCUUCCCAGGAACCAUUCUCUUCCUCAGUUCGGCAAUCCGUUUAAACUUCGUUUUUAUGUUACCAAGGUUGACCAACCAAUUUCAUGGAACUGUUUUGGGCAUAGGACCACGUGUGCGGUUGGUCAAAAAAAUUGUGACUUCCGUGGAAAUCUUGAACCCCUGAACCAAUCUCUGUUUUGUGUGGGAGUGUCAUGGGCGUGUUUUCUGUGUCCUUGUACUGCAUAAAAGCAGGCCAUUGAGCCUAGACUAAACAGAUAAUCUUCCCCCUUCAUGAAGUCUAGGCUCAUGGUUGGGGGAUUGGGAGAUAUAUUCACACGUAUAAUCACUACAGCACUUGGGACUUGGGAGAUUCAUCAUGGAUGUACUCAGCUGGAGUACUGGGGUCCGGUACACUUUUUACUUCCUUGUUAAUUAUUGGCUGUGCUAUAUCCCCAUUGAGAUAUAUAAAGAACAUGUUGGAGCUAUAUAAAAUGAUAAAAAAAAAAAAAAAUAAGAAUUAUGGAAUAAUGUCUGAACCUGUAGAACUGAAUAAGGAGCUCCUGAUUCCUUCUCGGUCUGCGUACGUUCAGCAGCCUUAAGAACAUUAAAGAUAAAUAUAUUUCUUAAAAUAAAUUUUUGUGCAUUUUUCUUUUGUUGUUUUUUUUUUUCUUUUUUGCUGUGCCGAAGAAUAAUACAAAGACGCCUGCAAUACUACAACAGGAGAAAUAGAUACAUGUCAGAUAUAGUAAAACAGAGGCAUGGCAUUCGACAAUGAUCGCAGUUUUGUAAAAAUAAUAAUAAUAAAGAGCACAAGCAUGUCUAAGCAAUAAACUUGAAAUAUGAGAGGCAAACAAGACAUGAGAUUUCCAUAAUGAGAAAUGAGAAACCACUGGGCAAGGUCGGCCUUAGGGUUGUGUGCCCGCACAGGGCACUAUGGCAGCAGGGGCACCUGGCAUUUUGGCAAAGCUUACACACGCAGGGGCUGGAAGUGAAACACAGAGACUGGCAGCAAUUAUAAAUCAAAACUGGCAGUGAGUAAGGGGGCAGAGCUAAACAUGCAGCUAUGGCGGAACUAAAUGGGUGGCGGACGGAGCUAAAUGUAGACCAGCUUCCCAGCACACUGAACCAUCAGAAAUUAGUGAUACUUUACAUGCUAAAGGUACAUAGCUAGUUUAGGUGUAAAAGUAACUAAAUGGGUAUUGAAAUCUCUUAAGUGUCAACAAGACAUUUGAGUCCCACAAUGUGCGCGAUAGGAUUACUGCCCAGGUGAGCAAGCUUUCAGUUAGCCUAUUCCCAAGUCCUGAAAACACCUUUUAUAAGAGCUGAGGGCCCCAGGCCGGUACACAGGCAAGCAUUACCAAACCACGGACCCGGAUACUCAUAUAGUCCUGUUUCUCCCUUUCGGGGAUGGAUGUGAAGGACCUGGUGUUAUACUGCUGCUGGCUACAGACCGUUUUCUGUCCGUGUGGACUAUGUAGUGGGGUUUUACCCCUGUUUGUCCUCGGCCCAUGUGGGCUGAUAGUAGAGAGGACUUGCACUUGGAUAAGAUGAAGGCCCAAGGGAGACCCACUCACCACCCAGCUCUCACUCUUCCAGACUCUGGUCUGAGUCUGAGGCUUCUUUGCUGCUUGAUGAGCUUCUAAUGAGGCCCAGAAAAAUAUCUCAUCCAGGUGCCUCAGUGACUGCUCAAUGUGGACAUAUUAAACCUUUUCAGGUUGCAUAGACUCGAUAUUCUGAGACAUCGCCUCCAUCUUGGCAGAAAGUGUUGCGUUCCGCACUGGAGGAGGUUAAUAUCAAAUAUCCACGCUAUUGCAUGUUACAAGCCAGUGGGGACCAGGAUAACCCCCACCGGUCCAAAUGGUGGGGUAAGAUGGGUCUGCAAGGCCUCCCCGCAGAAUGCAGUGGUAUACUGGCAAUUCCAUCAGGCCCCACUGGAACCUCCAGAGAAUUCAAGGCAGGUGAGACUCAGGUUGCAGCUCUUUAGGAAGCUGAUGGUCGAUUAAGCCCCUGAUACUGAUAAACAGGCUUGGAGCUCAAACAAGGUAUUUACAGCAGCCAUGACACUCAGGCCCAGACACCCUUUUGUGCAUUUUUAAUGCAUCAGCUAUAUAGUAUGUUAAUUGGGGUUUCUUCCAGCCUAAAGUGUCCAUUUACGUUUCUUUUUUAUGACAAUGUAUUGGAUGUAGCAGUUUUUUUAAAGGAGUACUACUCUUUACUGAGAGGGUAGUGGACGCAUGCAAUAGCUUUUCAGCUGAAGUCGUGAAGGUUAAAACAGUGAGGGAGUUUAAGCAUGCGUGGGAUAGGCAUAAGGCUAUCCUAAACUUAAGAUAAGGCCAUAGACAAAUUCAAGUAUUUAGAAAAUUGGGCAGACUAUAUGGGCCGAAUGGUUCUUAUCUGCCGUCACAUUUUAUGUUUCUAUGUUUAAUUUGCUUGUUUUUCUUCUUAAUAUAUUUGAAGACAUUAUACUUUAUAAAGUGACACUGAGCAAAAGUGGAAAAUAAAAUUCACUUCACUGGUGAAUGCCACCAACAAGAAUCCAGAAUUUUCUCCAUAUUUGAUACUCUACCCUAAAUAUAGGAGAUAGUCAGGAGAGUUUAACCAGUUUGACUGGGAGAGUUUAUCCAGUUUGACUAGGAGAGUUUAUCCAGUUUGACUAGGAGAGUUUAACCAGUUUGACUAGGAGAGUUUAACCAGUUUGACUAGGAGAGUUUAAGCAGUUUGACUCGGAGAGUUUAACCAGUUUGAUUAGGAGAGCUUAACCAGUUUGAUUAGGAGAGUUUAACCAGUUUGGACUAUGACAGUUUAACCAGUUUGGACUAGGAGAGUUUAACCAGUUUGGACAGAAGAGUUUAACCAGUUUGGACAGAAGAGUUUAACCAGUUUGACUAGAAUAGUUUAACCAGUUUGACUAAGAGUUUAACCAGUUUGACUAGGAGAGUUUAUCCAGUUUGACUAGGAGAGUUUAACCAGUUUGGACUAGGAGAGUUUAACCAGUUUGGACUAGGAGAGUUUAACCAGUUUGGACAGAAGAGUUUAACCAGUUUGACUAGAAGAGUUUAACCAGUUUGACUAGAAUAGUUUAACCAGUUUGACUAAGAGUUUAACCAGUUUGACUAGGAGAGUUUAUCCAGUUUGACUAGGAGAGUUUAACCAGUUUGACUGGGAGAGUUUAACCAGUUUGACUGGGAGAGUUUAUCCAGUUUGACUGGGAGAGUUUAUCCAGUUUGACUAGAAUAGUUUAACGAGUUUGACAGGGAGAGUUUAACCAGUUUGACUAGGAGAGUUUAACCAGUUUGACUAGGAGAGUUUAUCCAGUUUGACUAGGAGAGUUUAACCAGUUUGACUGGGAGAGUUUAUCCAGUUUGACUAGAAUAGUUUAACGAGUUUGACAGGGAGAGUUUAACCAGUUUGACUGGGAGAGUUUAACCAGUUUGACUAGGAGAGUUUAACCAAUUUGACUGGGAGAGUUUAACCAGUUUGACUAAGAGAGUGUGUCCAGUUUGGACUAGGAGAGUUUAACCAGUUUGGACUAGGAGAGUUUAUCCAGAUUUACUGGGAAAGUUUAACCAGUUUGACUAGGAGAGUUUAACGAGUUUGACAGGGAGAGUUUAACCAGUUUGACUAGGAGAGUUUAACCAGUUUGACUGGGAGAGUUUAACCAGUUUGACUAGAAUAGUUUAACGAGUUUGACUAAGAGUUUAACCAGUUUGACUAGGAGAGUUUAUCCAGUUUGACUAGGAGAGUUUAACCAGUUUGACUAGGAGAGUUUAUCCAGUUUGACUCGUAGAGUUUAACCAGUUUGACUCGUAGAGUUUAACCAGUUUGGACUCAGAGAGUUUAUCCAGUUUGACUAGGAGGGUUUAACCAGUUUGGCUAGGAGAGUUUAACCAGUUUGGCUAGGAGAGUUUAUCCAGUUUGACUAGGAGAGUUUAACCAGUUUGACUAGGAGAGUUUAACCAAUUUUACUGGGAGAGUUUAUCCAGCUUGACUAGGAGAGUGUGUCCAGUUUGGACUAGGAGAGUUUAUCCAGAUUUACUGGGAAAGUUUAACCAGUUUGACAGGGAGAGUUUAACCAGUUUGACUGGGAGAGUUUAACCAGUUUGGCUAGGAGAGUUUAACCAGUUUGACUAGGAGAGUUUAACCAGUUUGACUAGGAGAGUUUAACCAGUUUGACUGGGAGAGUUUAACCAGUUUGACUAGAAUAGUUUAACGAGUUUGACUAAGAGUUUAACCAGUUUGACUAGGAGAGUUUAUCCAGUUUGACUAGGAGAGUUUAACCAGUUUGACUCGUAGAGUUUAACCAGUUUGGACUCAGAGAGUUUAUCCAGUUUGACUAGGAGGGUUUAACCAGUUUGGCUAGGAGAGUUUAACCAGUUUGGCUAGGAGAGUUUAUCCAGUUUGACUAGGAGAGUUUAACCAGUUUGACUAGGAGAGUUUAACCAAUUUUACUGGGAGAGUUUAUCCAGCUUGACUAGGAGAGUGUGUCCAGUUUGGACUAGGAGAGUUUAUCCAGAUUUACUGGGAAAGUUUAACCAGUUUGACAGGGAGAGUUUAACCAGUUUGACUGGGAGAGUUUAACCAGUUUGGCUAGGAGAGUUUAACCAGUUUGACUAGGAGAGUUUAACCAGUUUGACUAGAAUAGUUUAACCAGUUUGACUAGGAGAGUUUAACCAGUUCGACUGGGAGAGUUUAACCAGUUUGACUGGGAGAGUUUAACCAGUUUGACUAGGAGAGUUUAACUAGUUUGACUAGGAGAGUUUAUCCAGUUUGACUGGGAGAGUUUAACCAGUUUGGCUGGGAAAUUUUAACCAGUUUGACUAGAAGAGUUUAUCCAUUUUGACCAACAGAGCUUAACCAGUUUGAUUAGGAGAGCUUAACCAGUUUGGACUAUUAGAGUUUAACCAGUUUGACUAAGAGAGUUUAUCCAGUUUGGAUUAUGAGAGUUUAACCAGUUUGACUAGGAGAGUUUAUCCAGUUUGACUAGGAGAGUUUAUCCAGUUUGACUAGGAGAGUUUAACCAGUUUGGCUAUUUUGAUGUUAAUGAGAACACUACGGACGCUCUUGAUAUCUAAUAGUUAAUCCGUGUGUCAGCAUUUUUCAAUAAUAUUUUGCACAUGGGACAGUAUGUAUAAAAAAAAGAAAAAAAACAAAAAAAAAAAACAAAACUCCAACAAAUACCACAGAUAUUUUUCCAGUGCCGAUUAAAAUCCAAAAAGCAGCAAUGGGAUGUCUGAAGCCACGCAGAAUCCUGAUUCACAUUCUCUAAAACUGCAGCAUAUGGGAAAAUGUGAUUCAUGUGGGACAACUUGGUAAUGAAAACCAAUUGUAUGGUUCCUCUGAGUCUGGCAAGGAACCCACAAUUUAUGGACAUAUCGCAGAAUAAAUAUAUUUGUUUUAUUGCUGGAAAACUGCGAGGACGUUAGAUUUAAUAACUUACUUUCCUGACCUGUAUUUUAAUAAUCACUAUAUAUCUGUGGUACUGUAAGCAGAUACUAUGUGAUUGAUUGAUUAUUGCUUCAUACACCAAGAGAUGGUUUAAAUGCAUUUGAUAAAGGGGAUCAUAAUUAGGAGUUACAAAUUUAGGCCAAAACAGGUCGAGAGAUAGCUGAAUUUGAGAUAUAUUUCCACCUUAGCUAUUUUAAACUUCAAUUUUCCUUGUUAAUUCACUGAACUUCACAUUUUCCUAAAUAAACCCCUUGGUGUUGUACAAUGUACAGGAAAAUAAUCAGCAAGCGUGUUAGACAAAGUGAGCAUUCCGUAAUUUAGCUGAAAUAGAGUGAGGUCAUAAUCUUUUUCCACAAAGCUGGGACGAAGUUCUAGGUGUCUGUUUGGGUCUCUCCCUUGUACCCCAGUCCUUUAGUUGUGUCCUUCUCCUUUAUCAUAGCCCCCAGUUGGAUCUAUCCUCUUUAGCUAGUUCCUCAGUUCUCAUUAGCCCAUUUUCUCAUUUUUGUCUCUCUCCCCUUUAUUCAUGCCCCCCACUGUGUGUCUCCCCUUUACAUAACUCCCGACAUUUCAAAUGGACAAUGAGGGACACUUGAAUUCUUAGAAAUUUUAGGUGCCUUACUACUAAAAAUGUAUGAACCUAAAAUGUAAUUUAUAACAAGAACAAUGUAUCUUAUUUACACAGACUGAUUUCUAAACAUCAAAGAACAAAAAGUGUAAAAAUAGGAAUCUCCUAAAAAGACUUUCUAAACAAAUUUAUUGUAGUUAAAAGACACAUUACUGGCAGUAUUAUUGCUCUGACACACCAACAAUAUGGAACUCCAAGAAAAUAGAGGCAUUAGGAUAGAAAAGAGGGACAGAGGGAUUUAGGCCCAAAAUAAGGACUGUCCUUGUAUAUAGGGACACUUGGGAGGUGUGACUUUAUACCAUUCAAAAAGAAAGGAAUGCACACCAACUGAUACAAUAGUAUCUAUCUAUAUAUAUUUAUUAUAAUACAAAUCCAAAUCAUACAUACAAAAAUGUAACAAUGUAACAGUGACCAAAUAGGCAAAAAAAGCUAAACCAUAUAUUUACCAAAUUCCACAAGCCUAUAUGGGCAGAAACACGAGUCACAAACAGUCCCCCAAUGUUUCGGCUCCUCCUGGUAGCCUUUAUCAAGGGUAGCUAUAUCAUAGCAUCAUCCAGGAACCCAUUAUAUACACAUAUACAAAUUACCAAUUACUUACAGCUGAUGGCCAUCAGUGAUGUCACAGAGAGCCAAAACCGGAAGUGACAUCAUCACUUCAGAUCAUAGCCCUAUGUAAAGAGUAUAACAGCAACAAAUACAUUAUAUAUUCCCAAUGUUAUUCUUAAACAAGUUCUAUCAUUGGUAUAAAGAUAUCCUAUUAUUGUAUAAUCCAUAAAUAUUCACAUUAGCAUGAAUGUAACGCGCAUGCGCAAUAUAAAUAUGAGCGGUCGCCAUACCAUCUAUUGGCAUUAUAAACAUCCAUCUAUUGGCACACUCCAUAUAACCCAAUAGAUAUACUAGGCACAAAAAUGAUGUAUAUACAAUAACCAAACGAAAAAAACCAAAGACGCAUUCACCUUACAACGGCCGGCCGAUUACACCGGAGCUCCCCUCUUAUGGAAGCCUCCGUGAUCCACACCUAAUAGAAAGUCGCGUCAAAAAAAGCGCCGCUCCGCCCGCGCAUGCGCACACCCCAAACUAAAAGAAUACAUGCAAAAUAUUAACAACAGACCAAAUCUUAAAGGGGAAAUAUCAUAAGUGUAUACAUUACCUAUAAUAUGGUAUAAUAAGUGUACAAAUGGUCCUAUAGUAUAGCAAAAAAGAUAUAUAAUAAUAAUGACUAUUAAUAGUGAAAACUACCUCCACCAUAAUAACAAAAUAAUAACACCAAAACAAUGUGCAAUACUAUACUAAACUAGUGUUUAUUCAUCUAUUAUACUAUAUCAUAGAUACAAAACAUGCAUCCAGCAACCUGCUGAACGAUCAGGUCAUUCCCCAAAAGGGAAACUCAGUACAAGAAAAUCCAUAUAUCAUGCAAAGCAGACAGACAUAUAUAUUUUUUACUCAAGCCUUAUAUAUGCGACUACUAAAUUUUUUAUUAUAUUAUCUUAUAUCCUUAUAUCAAUACCAACUCAUCAUAUUAGUUAUACAGCUUUUUAAUAACAUAGACAUACAAAGCUUCUCCUUAAAUGGUAAAAAAAUAUAUAUAUUCGUUUACAAUCAUAUACAUAUCAAAAUCAAUCAAAGUUAUAAAGAUAUCCAGUAGAUCACAUCGUCGUCGUCCAAUCGCAGAUCUAAUAAAUGAAUCCAAAUACAGGCUAUAUCCAUCCAUAUUACUGAACGUACUUAAAGGGACCCAAUGCCCACAAGAGAAAAUGUACUCCAUUCUUGAUCUGAUAUACGCUGUCGUCCAGGUACCCAUUGUAUUAAGUAUCCAAAUGGAAAUCAAUACGCGAUCUAGAUGAAAUAAACACCAAUUAAAAACAAUAUCAAUGAUAUAAACACUACUCAGGCAGGGUGGAUUAACCAGCCUCUCCAAACGAGGCUACAACAGAGGAGAGAGAUCACGUUCUUCAUUAAGACCCUUAGGGAAUAAAACCUGCAAUUCAUAAAUCCAAAAUAAUUCACGCUGCUUCAAUAACAUUUCCCUAGAUCCACCUCUUCUCAGAGGUUUCACUACCUCUAGAAUCGAAUAUCUCAAUUGUGACACCAUAUGUCGCAUUUCCACAAAAUGCCUAGCCACUGGAUAUUGGAUCUUGCCAGUCCGAAUGCUACUCUUAUGUUCUCCUAUCCUAAUGGUGAAUUUCCUCGUGGUCUCCCCAACAUAGGCUAAGCCACAAGGGCAUUUUAACAUGUAAACUACAAAUUCUGUUUGACAAUUGCAAAAAUCCCGAAUAGGAUAUUUCUUCCCGGAUCUAGGAUGAAAAAAGGAAUCGCCCAGAAUUACCCCAUUACAAUUCACACAAUGUCCACAUUUGUACAUACCAACAGGCAUUCUAAGCCACGAUUCCUUAGUCCCAAUCUUUCCUUGGACUUCCACAUUCCGCAUUAAAUGAUCGCGAAGGUUUCUGUGUCUUUUAAAAGAAAACAAAGGUUUCUCGUUAAAACAAAUCCUAACUUUGGGAUCCGAUUGUAGUAUAUUCCAAUGCUGAUUCACAAUAUGUUUAAUCUCCUUUGAAUGUUCAGAAUAGGUGGUAACACAUGAAUCCUCAUGUUCCUAUCCUUAGCUUUUUUAGUUAAAAGUUGUUCCCUGGCCAACAAUCUAGCCUGAUCCUUACAUUCCAUCAAAAUCUCCUUCUCAUAACCUCUUGAGGUAAACGCCUGCACUAAUUCAUCUGCACGUCUAUUAUAAUCUGUAUCCCGUGAUGUAAUUCGUCGAGUUCUAAUAAAUUGCCCAUAUGGUAAUUUUUGCAAAAAUUGUGGUGGAUGGAAGCUAUCAGCAUGAAAAUAUGACGCGCGAUCAGUGGGCUUCUGAUAGAGAUCAAAGCUCAAUUGUCCUUCACUUACCUCCAUAGAUACGUCCAAAAAGUGCAUUUGAUGCACAUCAUAUUCUAUAGUGAAAGAUAUCGUAUCCAAUUUAUUAUCCAAUCUUUCCUUAAAGCAAAGUAACUCUUCAACCGUACCUGUCCAAAAAAAGAAGAUGUCAUCUAUGUAGCGCACCCAAUUCAACACAAAUUUUGCAAAAAAUGGAUCAGGAUAUACAAAUGCAUCCUCAAACGCAGCCAUAAAUAAAUUGGCAUUUAUACCAUUCACAGGCUUAUGGGAAAGCAUUGUGAUUGGCUGAGAUCAUCACUUCUGAUGAUGUCAGCCAAGGAGGCCUACCCAUGCUGCACUUGGAAUAAGGUGAGUUUUUCUAGCUUUAAGGGAGGCAAGGUGGGACAGCGGGGGUAAAUCGUUAGUUUAACACUACAGGGUCAGGAAUACAGGUUUGUGUUAUUUACCCUAUAACUGUUCCCUUAACUAUUGUCUGUGAACUACAAUUCCCAUGAUGCUCAGUCACUCAUUUGUCAAUGUGGUCCGCUUAGCAGUAAAGUUCAGAUAACUGUAAUUCUAAUCUUGGUCCAUGUUUCCAUUAAUGUAUACGUUCUGUUAAUUUUAUUCUAUAUUAUAUUCCAGUUUAUUGCAAACUCGCUGUUUCUUUUCAAUACUCCUAAUUAUAUGUUAAUUAGAUGCAGGAUGUAAUUAACAUUAGGGAUGUAAUCCCCAGCAGUAAAUUCCUGCAGGAUUCACUAAGGGUCUAUAGUGCACAGGCCCCGUAAGAAGAUUAAGUAUAUUAUCAGUUUUAAGAACACAGUAUUUCUAACCAAGGUUUCCAGGUCAGAGGACAUUGUCAGUGACUCUACUCGCCUUACCCAGAGAGGGGAUAUAAGGACAUGACCAGUGCUGAUUAAGUGUUCAGUAAGUUCCCCUGAAGGCUGGCCAUACAAGGCCUGAGAUGAGUCCCAUUACUAUGCAGGCUUCUUGUCACUUAUUUAUAGCGAGAGAAUCCCAGCCACAUGGAGGCAGGCAUGAACCCCUGGGUCCUUUGGGAUUUCUCUGCUCAUAGACAUCAGAUAUUUUAUAUGAGAAGGGAAUUAAGACAUGGCUCUAUGGUAGACAGAUACCUAAUCCGUUCCCUUCUACAGCCCAAUUCCUUCAAUAUCUCCUGGUCUUGCCGUUGUUUGCUUUUAUACUCUCCAUCCAUGCAGAGCGUACAGAUACAGUAUUUACAAAUACAGCCUUUGGACAGUUUACGCAUCAUAUGAGUCAACAGACUGACAGACACCCCUGAUAGAGGGAUCUGUCUACAAAAAUCUAAACACAUGAAAGGAUCCUACAUAUCAGUAUGUCAGCAUCUUAGGGUGGCGUUUUGAUGAUUUUUUUUUAUACUUUUGGCAAUAAUACUAUAGCUAUUUGACUUUAAUCUCUUAAUGAUUGCAUUUGUCUAAUUCUGUCUGUUAAAUAGAAGAACCAACUUAAGGGAACAAUCUAAGUACCUUGAUAACUUACAUCUUAUUUCUUAAGGGAAAACCUUGCCUUGUUUAAAGGAACAUUAUAGUGUUAGUAAGACAAAGCUGUAACACUGUAGUGUCCCUCUGUCCCAUUGCUGCCACCCCCGGUCCCACCUUUAAACGCUUAACUGAUUCCAGCACCGAUGUGCCUUGGUGCUUGGUCGGACCCCCCCCCCCACCCAUCCUCCGAUGUCAGCCAAUGAGGGGGAAGCCUAAUACUUGUUUGCACUUUAUAAAUAUUAAUAAUAAUAAAAAUAACAAUUAGGCCUUCACCGUAGCAAAAAAAGCAUUGACUCAAUGCUUUCCUAUGGGGUUCUUCAACAUGCUGGUCAUCCUCAUGUACAGCGUGGUGGACAGCCACUAGGUUUCACUAAAACUGCAAUGUGUGCCUACAAUAUCCCUUUUUAUUUAUUUUUUAUAAUUCUUUAUUUAUGUCAAGGUUCGACACCACAGCAAGGUAUACAACACAAUUCAGAUGCUUCCAUUAACACAUAUACAUAUAAUCGGUAGCUAGUGUCAGUAAAGUUGUGUAUUUUCAUAAAAAAACAGCCUGUAACAAUUAAACAACCCGUGUCUUGUGAACUCGAAAAGUCCUUAAAUAGUGGCGUCGCCCCCGUUUUUAAUUUUUAUUUUAUAUAUGUGUGUCCCUUUUAGCCACUAUGCGUGUAUAACCUGAAUAGCGAGUACAAGCCAUUCAAAACACUCUCACUUAUGCUAACUGAUACAGCACAUUUUAUAAACAGAGUACAAAAUAGCUUGAAAGUAACAAAGUCACUCUUCGUAGUUCGACACCGUACCCUUCCAGUAAGGGUCCCGGCGGCGAACCACAGUAGAAUGUAAGGACAAGAGUAAAGGAAAGUAAAGAGAAGAGUAAAGAAAGAAGUCAGACGGGGCAAUAAGGCGGGCUCUCAUCCCAUGGUCCCCAGACCUUCCGAAACGUUCCCAAGGAUCCUCGUAUUCUAGCUGUCAAGUCAUCCAUAAGUCUCACCUCUCUUAUCCAUGAGUAUACACUAGCCAUUGGUGGUGCUUCCGGUUUUAACCAGGUGUAUGCUAUUGCUCUCCGUGCUGCCAAGGUGAGUUUAUGAAGUAGAAUCUGUUCCUGUCUCGUCCAGCCGUCGACUGACCUGCUGAGGAGAUACACGCAGGGAUCUAAAUCUGGGGCCCUAGAGAAAACCCGGGUCAGGAGAGCAAUAUCCCUUUUUAAAGGGACACUGCCAGCACCAUAACUACUACAGCUCAUUACAGUGGUUAUGGUGAUAUGAUUCUAUGAGCACAUUCACCCAAUUGUGAAGAUCCAAGGUUGGAUGAAUUUACACUCGAUAAUGCGGAAGUGUAAUUUCCAUAUUGUCAGUGUACCUGCAGAAAGGCUUUGCGUUUUUAGGAAGAGAAUUUGGCAGUCGGUUCCAGAAUGGUUUGACAGAAAACCUAGGGCCAGCGUGCAUUAGACAUAUAGUAACAUAAUCAUAACUAAAGCUACAGUGAGUAUGGAGCUUAGAAAUCUCCUUUCACACGCAUGCCGUUAUUUGCCCGAUUUGAGCAAUAAAUAAAUUAUAUUACAGGUAGAACUCGAAUGUAACUCCACCUUUGGCUUCUGUUUCCAAUGUAAACUGGACUGUUACAUGUAAUUACAAGUUCCCAAAUUGGACUUGGCAUUGACGGGCUGAGCUACUGUGCUUGACUAAAUGUUUCCCAUAGAAAAUACAUCUUUGUGCGUGUGCCUGCUUAUAAUAUAGCUCAAAUGUUUCAUCACCCUAGCAUGGUUGCAGAGAGAGGCUGCAAAUUAGAAUUCUUUUUUUCAUAAUUGCUAAUUCAUGAUCUACAAAAUACAUUAAACAAUAUGGGAUGUCAACUCCAAGUUGAACAGCCCUUUAAAAAUACUUGUUCUGGAAAAUGAAACAGAAGAAAUGGAUUUCGUAACUGUAUUUCUGUUUGCCUUGGAGUCAAACCCAAGCUGGCACUGAGAUACGUGACAUGUCAGAAGCACGUAAACAAAUCCAUCCAAACAAGAUGUGUGCACUAAAUCCAGCUCUCUGCUGUCCAUGAGUGAGCCGGAUUAUGUUGUAUCACCUCUCCAGCUGGUGUCAAGCACAAUGACAGCUCUUCUAUCAUUGUGUCUAGAUUACGUGGUUUCCCCAGGGUUUGUGAAUGGAAAUAACAUAAUACAGAUCUAGUUUUGAGUUGCAUUACAGAACACUUACAUAGGGGCAGAUACAAAGUAUAUCAGUGAUGUUAGGCAAAGGAAAUCUGGCCAUGUCAAUGGUACAGGUGAUAUAUCUAACGUUUGACACAACUAGCCACAAAAUUAGAAAUCUGAGGUUAAGAUUGACCAGAAUGAUCACUUUUGAUAUUUCGAGAGUCUAACUUUGGUUGUGGUAUAACAUUUUCUUCUAAACCAUAUAAUGGCAAGUCCUCUGAAAGUGUAGAGAGGGUCCUGGUGCAAGUGAGUAUUUGGGCUCUCAUUUAGCACAAGGGUGGACAAAAUGUAAACCCCCCUCUGUCAUACAAUUCCCACAGUGCUAUGCCAGCUGGGGAUCUACCAUUUGUCCAUCCUCGCAGGGUUGUAUUUGUGAGCAGUGUUUGAAUGUAAGCAUGUUAUUUGUUUGGAGUGUUUGGGCAUGUAGAGGUCUAUUGGUAUGUACUGUUACCAUAUGAAUGCAGUGGUGUAUUUCUAUUUAAUGUUUGUGUUUGAAUGCAGGGGUGUGUUUAUAUGCAGUGUUGGAUUUAGCGUAGGAUAAAUGCAGGCAUACCUUUGUGGUUUCAUGAAGAGGUGUGUUUGAACAUAAUUUUGGCAUUUGACUGCAUGGGUGUGUAUGUAGCUAAUGUUUGCGUUUGAUUGCAAGGGUGUGUUAGAAUGUAGUGUUGGUGUUUGCUAGGAUGCUUGCACAUAUGCAUUAACACUACAGCAUACAUACAUACAUACUCAGAUACACAUACACAUUGACACACACUGACACAUACACACUCAGAAGCUCACAUAUACACACAUGCUGACACAUACACACAUAGUGACAUACAGAUACACACAUUGACACACAGAUACAUAUAUAUAUAUACACACUAACACACACUGACACACUUAUAUACACAUAUGUAUGUCUUGUUUUUUUUAUAUUUUUAGCUACCCUCCUGUUAUAAUUUUAUGUGUGCAGUAGGGUGACAUCCCUGUGGUCCUGCUGCUGAAUGAGACUGAUAGGAGUGUGUGGCUGGAGCAGGUUCUCUCCUUGUCGUCGUACCCCCCGCCAUCUGUGCCUCCUUGUCCUAUAUGACUCCUGUGCGGACUCUCCCCGUAGCUGGGAGGAAGUGACCAGCACUCACUUUCCCCCAGCGCUGCUGAGAUUACAGGUGCCCAGACACACUGUUGAAGGUCCCGACAGAGUCUCGGUUCAUAAAUACCCAAUGGAUGUCCUUAAGUACAUGGGCCCCUCCUGUGUGCUAGAAUAGUUCCUCCAACUGGGCACCAAUUUAUGCCAAAAAAAGUAGUGGCCAGUGGAGGUAUCCCUAGGCCGAAAUAUAAACACUACCAUUUCUCCAAAAAGACAGUGUUUACUGCAAAAAGCCUGAAGGGAGUAAUUAUACUCACCAGAACAAAUACAAUAAGCACCUUUUUUUGGCACAGCACGUACACUCCAACGUCAUGACGUCGAUGACGUCAAGGCCCGUCAAAACGUUCAAGGCCCGCAAAAGUGGCUAUAGACUAAAGGCAUAGUAUAUAAAAAUGGCACUUAGGGUAUGGAUCAUUGCCCUAUUGUGGUUUCUGCUCACAGUUCCCAAGAGUGCGUUAUAAUUCUGUGUCUAUUUUGGUAUUUUGAUAUCGGCUUUCCUCUGACUAUUCUCCAUUCUGUUCUCCUGUGACUCGGCUAUCGGUUUUUCGCUUCCCUGAUAUCUGGCUUCCCUGACUCUGCUUGUCCCUGACCAUUCUUUAUUUAACAACAUAUAACCUGGCCGUUCUAAGGACCGGUAAAAGUUGUCUAAUCUAGUAACAUAUACACACUGAGUGUUGGGUCACUAGGUGUUGUGACAGUGUAAAACUCAGUGCUGUCCCAGCUCCUCCAGUGCCUGUGUGUGAUGCUGGACAGGAAGUGGUAGGAAUCACUUCCCGUCUGCCCAUGAAAAGCCUCUCACAAAGGAAAUGCCUUGCAGGAGGAGCGGAGACAACAUUGAGUGAUACACACUGUAUAACAGCUUCUGUAGUUAUAAUCUUAAUCAUAGGAGGCUGACUGGACUACAGGAGACAUAGAAGGGUGAAUGAUUUGCAAAUAAUGUUUCAAACUCCACCCCAAAACCUAAACAAAUUAUCCUUAAUACCACAUUUAAAUGGACACUAUAGUCACCAGAACAACUACAGCUUAUUGUAUUUGUUCUGGUGAGUAUAAUCAGUCCCUCCAGGAUUUUUGCAGUAAACACCGUCUUUUCAGAGAAAUGGCAGUGUUUACAUUACAGCCUAGUGAUAACUCCAAUGGCCACUCCUUGGAUGGUUACUACAGGUGUUGCAUGGAGACACUGAACUUUCCUCAUAGAGAUGCAUUUAUUCAAUGCAUAUCUAUGACGAGAUGCUGAUUGGCCAAGGCUGUGUUUGGCCUGUGCAGGCUCUGCCCCUGUUCUGCCUGCUUAGCAAUCUCAGACAAUCUAAUACUUUCCUAUGGUUUUCUAUGAUUUGCUGAGAUCACCACUUCUGAUGAUGUCAGCCAAGGAGGCAGAUCAGGGGCAGAGCAAGCAGCAGCAGACUGUAAUAAAGGUAAUAUUUACUAUAUUUAGAGUGGCAACGAGGGCCAGGGGAGCUUUUAACACUAUAGGGUCAGGAACACAUGUUUGUGAUCCACACCCUAUUGUGUUCCUUUAAGCACUCAAAUCCUUUAAUUCCUCUUAAACACUAAACGCACCAUUUACCCCAAAACUAAACUUAACCCAACUCUAACCCUAAACUAAAUAAUUCUAAACACUCCUUGUACCACAGCUAUACCUCAUCUCAAGCUUUUAAUCCUUUAAACACUAAUCAUCCUUUGUAUUCUAACUCUGACAUCUAACCCCUUUCAAACCCCUUUUAUCGUAUCACAUACCUCCCAACAUAUUAAUGGACAAAGAAGGACACUUUUUAUUUUAGGAGUGUGAGGAAGUGAGUGUGUGGCCAGGGGUGGAGCUGUUCUGGGAAGUUUUAAGUGACUUUAGUGACUUGUAAACAAGAAUAAGUACCAAUACAAACACCAGAAGUGUAACACACAAGGUAAAACAAUAAAAAUACUUAUGUAAAUAAAUGGUAGGGGUCUUAGAAUUAAUCAUAAACCUACAUAUCGUAAAACUGUUUGCUAUAUACAGUGGUGUGUGCAAAUGGAACCACACUCACAUGAUGCAGAGCUGUCUAAGGCUCUGUAUGUACAGCCCAAGGGUGCCUAUCCACGCUAAGCGAGAUUCCGGAGUAACACAAUGAUCCAGUAGAUUUAAAAAAUUAUAUUUAUUAUAAACUUUGAAGUAAAAACAAACAGUAGAUAAUUAAGGAGAUAUGCCAGAUAUGCUUAACUUAUCAGUGUAGCUGAUACUAAAAAGCAAUUUCACAGAAUAAAAAGCUCACCACAGGCAAUAUCAAACCUUAAAAAAAAAUCAGUCUCUUAGCAGACGCGUUUCGACCUGUUGAGUACUUCUUCCAAGUACGUUAAAAGGACCUGAGCUCAAAAACAAUGUCAGUAAAUAUAUAAUGUCAUAUAUGCAUAUUUUAUCUACACUUUCCUUGUCCAGAUGGAUACUGGCUGGAUGUAUGUGGCAUGGUGAGAUCCCAUGGAUUAUAUUACUUCAUCAUCUUUGGUAGCAUCCAAUCCAUGCUCGACUCAACCGCCAUUGAAAAGUUGAACAAUCAGCUGUACAAAGCUAGAGUGGAGUACUUAACAUGAAUGUAUAUAAUACAAUAUAAUAUAAUAUGGCAUGAUUGAAUUUAAAGUAAAUACAGAUUUGACCCUAAUUCAGCAGCACUCCAAUAAAAAACAUGAGUAGUGUGAGCCUGUGAGUUGACUGUGGUAUGUGAUAAAUUUAUUAUCCAAACUCCAGAUGUUGCAGGACUACAACUCCCAUGAUUCUUUGAAUGAAAUAGAUAGAGAUCCAGGGGAGUUGUAUUUCAGCAACACGUGGAGGGCCAAAGUUUGGAGAACCUAUCUAUCAAAUGGAACAAGCUGAUAUAUUGAGCUUAUGCUAACAGGAGGGAAGCUAUAGAGCAGGGGUCAGCAACCUAUGGCACAUGUGGCUAGUGCAAACUAAGUGGUGAUUGCAGGUAAUGAGGGACAAUCCUCAAUUUUAGGCAUUGCAGCACUUAGAGGAGGUGAUCUCAGAUCACUUCCUCCCAGCACUUAUGAAUAGGAAUCCGCAUUAGAAUAGAGCACAGCACUCUCCUGCCAUUAAAAUGCAGCUAGUCAGGUCCCCACUGGACUCCAGGGAAGUCACCCACACUGGUAGAUAUUCACAAAGAUGCAGAAUAAGCCACCCCUUUAUACAUUAAAAAUUAAACAAACACCCCUCCACACGCAUUCAGUCCCCACAAACACAACACCAUAGACAGUCCACAUACAGUGAGGGAAAAAAGUAUUUGAUCCCCUGCUAAUCUUGAACAUUUGUCCACUGACCAUCUCCGCUCAUUACCUGUAUAAAAUACACCUGGUAGCCAGAAAUCUUGCUGUUUGAUAGGGGAUCAAAUACUUUUUUCACUCAUUGACAUGCAAAUCAAUUUAUAACUUUUGGACAUUGUUUUUUCUGUAUUUUUUUUCUUUUAUUCUAACUGUUAAAAUACACCUACCAUUAAAAUUAUAGACUGAUCAUUUCUUUGUCAGUGGGCAAACAUUCAAAAUCAGCAGGGGAUCAAAUACUUUUUUCCCCUCGCUGUACAUGCACACUACCCCACAAGCAGCCUCUCACAUGCAAUACCACAAUCAGACCCACUAAAAGGUUGCCUACCCGUGCUAUAGACCAAUAAUGGUUUAGUCAAUAAAUCCCAUUUACACAAUGAUAGUAUUUAUAUAAGUGAAUAUGGAUCCCUGUAUUUUUGAUAGUCCUCUGUCAGUCUCUACAUUGGCUUCUUGUUUCAUUUAGGAAUUUGUUUUUGUGCAUACUUUCAAAGCUCUCCAUAACUGUGCCCCUGCUUACAUCUCCUCCCUCAUUAGCAGAUAUGCUACAAACCGAUUUCUUUCUAUACUAUUCCAGUAUGUCAAACACAUUUUGCCAGAAUUAAAUUUUGUCUUGUUUAGCUAUUGUACAGCGCUGCGGUAUAAAUAAUUGUAAUUGAGCUACUCUAAUAUUGCUUAUCAAAACAUGAAUAGCCAGGGUUAUGCACUAAAAUAAUAAAUUAUUUUUACAAUAAUAUAACUGAAAACGUAAAUGACUUUGAAAAAUAUUUCUAAUUCAGCUAUUUUGGAUUAAAAUGUGAUUCACUUUAUUGAAUAACCCUGAAAGUGGUGGGGGAAUCGUGAAAGAUAUGCAUUUAAUCAUCAAUUUAGACAUGACAUAAGUCUCCCUGUAGUUUCAGAACUACAAGUCCAUUGAUGCUUUGCCAGGGUAACCUCAUUUCUUGAGCCCAUUGCCACAGAAACUACCCUGCGGCUACAAACACAAGCUGUAAAUUAGAUAUAUUCUCUGUAUGCUAUUUGUUUUCCAAUAAGCACUUGGGCACAAGAAGCCAUUUAUAAGCCAGUGAUAAUUCGUAUAAUUCCAUCAUAUGUUGUUUUCAAAGCUUGUGUUCAUUGAAUUGCUCUUUUGAUUGAGUGGCUGUAUCCUUGGAUGCAGGUGAACCUUCGACCUAUGUGUGCCCGUUGUGCCACAUGUGCCAUGGGUUCGACAUCGUUGCCAUAGAAAGUAGCAAAGUAUUUAUAAGAGCAAUUUGUUUCGAAACACUGAAUCACUUGGUAGGUGUUAAGAGAAUUGUUUCUACUUAAAGGGACCAUAUUAAGAACCAAAACCGUUAUAUGUUAAUGUAGUGAUUUUGGUGCACAGAUCCUGUCUCUUUUCUAUUGCAAUGUAAAACACUGCCAUUUCUGAGAAUUCCUAUAUUUUGUCAAGAACAUGCCUUGAGUGGCUGUCUCUGAAACCGCUAUGUUUGCAGAGUUAACACUAGAUGGACCUGGCACCCAGACCACUUCAUUGAGCUGAAGUGGUCUGGGUGCCUAUAGUGGUCCUUUAAAGGGACUCUAUAGUCACCAAAACAACUUUCGCUGCUCAAUUCUCUCCCAUUUAGGAGUUAAAUCGCAUUGUUUAUGCAGCUCUAGUCACACCUCCCUGCAUGUGACUUACACAGCCUUCCUAACACUUCCUGUAAAGAGUCAUCUAAUGUUUACACUUCCCUUAUUGCAAAUUCUGUUUAAUUUAGAAUUUCUUAUAUCCUGCUUUGUUAAUAGCUUCUUAAACUCUUCUUUUACACAAUGUAGGAAGGACCCUGCUUCUAAACUAACAUAGAAAUGCUGUAAUGAUUAUGUGUGUAUAUAUAUAUAUAUAUAUAUAUAUAUAUAUAUAUAUAUAUAUACAGUGAGGGGAAAAAAGUAUUUGAUCCCCUUCUGAUUUUGAACGUUUUCCAACUGACAAAAAAAUGAUAAGUCUAUAAUUUUAAUGGUAGGUGUCAGUGAGAGACAGAGUAACAAAAAUAAAUCCAGAAAAAUGCAUGUCAAAAAUGUUAUAAAUUGAUUUGCAUGUCAAUGAGUGAAACAGGUAUUUGACCCCUUCGACUUAGUAAUUGGUGGCAAAAUCACAGAGGUCAGACGUAUCUUGUAGUUGGCCACCAGGUUUGCACACAUCUCAGGAGGGAUUUUGUCCCACUCCUCUUUGCAGAUCCUCGCCAAGUCAUUAAAGGACCACUUUCCUGGCACUAUAGUGCCCUGAGGGUGCCCCCACCCUCAGGGACCCCCUCCCGCCGGGCUCAGGGGAGAGGAAGGGGUUAAACUUACCUCUUUCUCCAGCACCGGGCGGGGAGCUCUCCUCCUCCUCUCCUCCCUCUUCUCCUCCUCUAAGGCUGAAUGCGCAUGCGCAGCAGGAGCCGCGCGCGCAUUCAGCUAGUCCAUAGGAAAGCUUACAAAAUGCUUUCCUAUGGACGCUGGCGUCUUCUCACUGUGAUUUUCACAGUGAGAAGCACGCAAGCGCCUCUAGCGGCUGUCAAGAGACAGCCACUGGAGGCUGGAUUAACCCAUUUAUAAACAUAGCAGUUUCAGUUUCAGUUUUUUUUUUAUAAAAAAAUAGGGUUAACCCUAGCUGGACCUGGCACCCAGACCACCUCAUUAAGCUGAAGUGGUCUGUGUGCCUAUAGUGGUCCUUUAAGGUUUCGAGAUUGAUAUUUGGGAACUCAAACCUUCAGCUCCCUCCAUAUAUUUUCUAUGGGAUUUGGCCACUCCAGGACCUUAGUGUGUUUCUUCUUGAGCCACCCCUAUGUUGCCUUGGCUGUGUGUUUUUAGUCAUUGUCAUGCUGGAAUACCUGUCCACAACCCAUUUUCAAUGCCUUUGCUGAGGGAAGGAGGUUCUCACCCAAGAUUUGAUGGUACAUGGCCCUGUCCAUCAUCCCUUUGAUGCGGUGCAGUUGUCCUGUCCCCUUAGCAGAAAAAAAACCCCAAAGCAUAAUGUUUCCACCUCCAUGUUUGGUGGGAAUAGUGUCCUUGGAUUCAUAGGCAGCAUUCCUCCUCCUCCUCCAAACACGGCAAGUUGAGUUGAUGCCAAAGAGCUCGAUUUUAGUCUCAUCUGACCACAGCACUUUCACCCAGUUCUCCUCUGAAUCAUUCAGAUGUUUAUUGGCAAACUUCAGACGGGCCUGUACAUGUGCUUAAGUGUGUUACUAAUUGUUUUCUUGAUGACUAUGGCCGCAGCUGCCUUGAGAUCAUUAACAACAUGAUCAUUGAAACUCCACAAGGUGAGAUCUUUCAUGGAGCACCAGACCAAGGGAGACUGACUGUUAUUUUGUGUUUCUUCCAUUUUCAAAUAAUCGCACCAACUGUUGUCACCUUCUCUACAAGCUGCUUGACGAUGGUCUUGUAGCCCAUUCCAGCCUUGUGUAGGUCUACAAUCUUGUCCCUGACAUCCUUGGACAGCUCUUUGGUCUUGGCCAUGGUGGAGAGUUUGGAAUCAAAUUGAUUGAUUGAUUGCUUCUGUGGACAGGUAUCUUUUAUACAGGUAACAAGCUGAGAUUAGGAGCACUCCCUUUAACAGAGUGCUCCUAAUCUCAGCUUGUUACCUGUAUAAAAGACACCUGGGAGCCAGAUCUGGGAGUCACUCAUUGACAUGCAAAUCAAUUUAUAACUUUUUUGACAUCCGUUUUUCUGGAUUUUUUGUUUUGUUAUUCUGUCUCUCACUGUUAAAAUAUACCUACCAUUAAAAUUAUAGACUGAUCAUUUAUUUGUCAGUGGGCAAACGUUCAAAAUCAGCAGGGGAUCAAAUACUUUUUACCCUCAUUGUGUGUGUGUAUAUAUAUUAUAGGGUGCUGCUGGGGCCAAAAAAAUAUACAAAAUACACCCUAUAAUGUAGGCAUGUUCGAGUGAGUGCAGUCCUCUUGGUUUCUCCUUGGAUUUGCACCCCUUCCUGUCACAGGUGCCUCAUUCCAGGACCCUUUUUAGCGUUGACUUGCAGAGAGUCCCAGUAAGGAAGUAUUUCCCAAGUAAGUAUAUUAAUCUCAUAAGAGCAGGCAUUAGGCUGCUAGAGUAGGACCUGCCAAGAAUGGGGUACAUUGACGUUGUGGCAGGUUUAUGCAAUAUAUGAUCAUAUAAUGUAACUAAACCCCCAUUAUUUUUUUGCCUAGGGGAGGCGUUUUUAAAUAAAACUAUUACAAUCUCUAAGAUUUGUAAUCAUUGUUUAGUGAAUAAGCGAGUGCUCUGGUUUUAGUAUUUUGUAUAUAUAUAUAUAUAUAUAUAUUUAUAUAUAUAUGGCAAUCUAUAGACAGAUAGCACUCCAAGGACUUAUUAAUAAGAUGAAAAAAAUAUCAACUUAGCUUUUAUUCAGCAGUAUGCCAUAGUGAAACAACGUUUCAGUUCCCAGUCGGAACUUUCGUGUAGGGUGGCAUUUCUUUGGGGGGCCGCACAGCCCUCCAUGUGCUCGCCAGAGGUAGCCUGACUGCCAUUAGGUACCGAGAUGAGAUUAGGUACAGACUGUCCAGGAGUUGGCAGAUGCUUUAGUCCAGGUCUGGGAGGAGAUCCCUCAGGAGACCAUCUGCCACCUCAUCAGGAGCAUGCACAGGCGUUGUAGGGAGGUCAUACAGGCACGUGGAGGCCACACACACUACUGAGCCUCAUUUUGACUUGUUUUAAGGACAUUACAUCAAAGUUGGAUCAGCCUGUAGUGUGUUUUUCCACUUUAAUUUUGAGUGUGACUCCAAAUCCAGACCUCCAUGGGUUGAAAAAUUUGAUUUCCAUUUUUUAAUUUUUGUGUGAUUUUGUUGUCAGCACAUUCAACUAUGUAAAGAACAAAGUAUUUCAGAAGAAUAUUUAAUUCAUUCAGAUCUAGGAUGUGUUAUUUUUGUGUUCCCUUUAUUUUUUUGAGCAGUGUAUAUCAUUAUUUAUUUAGAGAAUACUUCAGGCUAAAAGUAACACCUAUUUUUAGUGUUUCAAAAAAAAAAAAAAAAUAAUAAAGACAAGACGAUACUUAUAUGAAACUGCAGCUGUUGCACAUGCAGACCGAGGCAGCAGACAAAACAGUAAAUGUAAUUUAAUUGAAUGAUCUACUUUCAGGCUUAUGCAUACGUUAGCUUAGCAUCAGUUUGUGUACGAGAUGAAAAACAGAGUGAACUUCAAAUUCAUGGUCAAAAUAUACAAAAUGACCAUCAUGACGGAAAAUCAGUAGUCAUAGAAUGCUUAUCGACUUUCGCCUCCUAUAGAGUGCAAUUAAACUGUACUGUCCAUAGCAGAGUACUUUUUCAUUUUACAGUGCCUAGUUUUUCUUAUUUCAGUUUCAUUGGUUUCUAUUUCUGUUAUGGAAAUGCAAGUACCGUAUGUACCACUACCACUGUCUUUGGUGCUUGAAAAUUUAAGAAUUACAAAAAAAAAAAAAAAUAGUUGAACUGGAAAAAUUCUCUACGUCAGCUAUGCAUUAAGUUUAGCUAUCGUGUCCUUAAAUUUAAAAAUCACCUUAAAUUCCUGUCACUUCUCACUAACCCUAAUAGCCUGUUUAGAUCCAUGAUGGGUAAUCUUGGGAUCCCUAGAAGUUUGUCAUCCGGGGGAGGAUUGGCAAACCUGAGGAACAAGUACAAUCAAAUUUCCUUUUUGCAACCAAAUCAAGUCUUUUCACCCCAAUUCCAUCCUUAUUUAUUUAUUACUGGAAUUUAUAAAGAGCCACCAUAUUCCUAAUUAAAGAACACUUUUAUGGUCAUAUUCACUAAACUCCAGAACACUAAAAUCUGAAUGAUGUGGGAAUAUGUGAAUUUAUCUACACUUAGCAAAAUUAAACAGCACAAAUAGAAAGACUCACUGAUAGUAUUCCGUUAUAACAUUUUCUUUAUACAGUCCUGACGAAGAUUCCACUCUUUCCAGGGGCACCAUGUUUCAUGCAAUUACCAGCAAUAAACAGGCAGUAUGUAGAAAUACUAUCCACUGCGUUGGUAACGCUUUUUAUUUAUACAGUGAGUGUUACAUUCCAUUGGAGGUGAAACAGACAAUGCCGAGUAAUAAGUGGACAGGACAGCAUAUUUAUAGAUAUACAUUAUGUAUCACCUUCAUAGAAUUUUCCAUUUUAUCUGUUUAUUGAAACCUGCGUUUCCUAAUGCCCCAUAGCAGUAACCAUUCCAAACUAACAUUUUGCAUAUUAGGUUAUUACUGUAUUACUAUCCAUGUCAUGUGGUGGAAUGUAAUCUACUCAUAUCUCUCCUUUAAUACCACCCCCUACUCAUUUCUCUCCCUCUAUCCCACAUCUUAAUUACAUAGUUACAUAGGCUGAAACGAGAAAUGUGUCCAUCAAGUUCAGCAUUCCUCACAUCUGUUUUUUGCUGUUGAUCCAAUAGAAGGCAUCCCCCCCAGUUUGAAGCACUUCCAAUUUUGAAACAAACUAGGAAAAAAAUUCCUAGUUCUUGCCCCAAAAUGGCAGUCAGAUUUAUCCUCGGAUCAAGACACUAUUACCCUACAUUUAAAUUUUUUUAUCAUUGAAUAUUAUGUUUUUGCAAGUAUGCAUUAAGUUGCUGUUUAAACAUCUGUACAGACUCUGAUAAAACUACUUCUUCAGGCAGCAAAUUCCACAUCCUGAUUGUUCUUAUGGUAAAAAAAAUUCUUCCUUUGCCUUAGACUAAAUCUUCUUUCUUCCAGUCUAAAUGCAUGGCCUCGUGUCCUAUGUAAAGUCCUGUUUGUGAAUAGAUUUCCACACAAUAGUUUGUAUUGGCCCGAAUAUAUUUGUAAAAUGUUAUCAUAACCUCUCUGAGGCAACGUUUUUCUAAAUUAAAGAGGUUUACAUUUUUAACCUUUCUUCAUAGCUAUGUUCCAUUCCUUUUAUUCAUUUUGUAGCCUGCCUCUGCACUUUUUCUAGUGCCAUAAUAUCCUGCUUUAGAACAGGUGUCAAAAAUUGCACAGCAUAUUCAAUAUGUGGUUUUACCAGUGAUUUCUAAAGAGGCAAAAUGAUAUUCUCAUCCCGAGAAUGAAUGCCCUUUUUUAUGCAUGGCAAUACCUUACUGGCAUUAGCCACUGCUGAUUGACAUUGCACAUUGUUGCCUAAUUUGUUGUCUAUAACAAUUCCCGAAUCCUUCUUGUGUGUUGUUAUCCCUAAUUCACUGCCAUUUAGGGUAUAAGUUGCUUGUGCAUUCUUUGCCCCAAAGUGCAUAACUUUGCAUUUUUCAAAUUAAAUGUAAUCUGCCAUUUGAGUGCCCAGUCUAUCUAAAUCCUUUUGCAGCUUGGUAAUAUCUUGCUCACAUUGUAUUACUUUACAGUUUUGUGUCCUCUGCAAACACUGAAACAUGGCUUUCAAUGCCUAUUUCAAGAUCAUUUAUAAAUAUGUUAAAUAGAAGUGGUCCCAAAACAGAACCCUGAGGGACACCACUUACCACCUCUGUCCAGCUUGAAAAUUUACCAUUAGUGACAACUCGUUGUACUCUAUUUUUAAACCAAUGUUCUACCCAAGAACUAAAAUUUUCAUCUAGACCAAUUUGUUUGAGUUUGAACACUAACAUAUUGUGUGGAACUGUAUCAAAUGCCUUGGCAAAAUCCAAAUAGAUCAUGUCCACUGCAACACCCUGAUCUAUACUUCUACUUACUUCUUCGUAGAAUGCAAUUAGGUUAGUGUGACAUGACCUGUGCUUCAUAAAACCAUGCUGAUUUUUGCUGAUAACCAUGUUCUUCUCAAUGAAUCCCUGAAUAUUAUCCCUUAAUAACCUUUAAAAUACUUUCCCAGCCACAUAAGUUAAAGUCAUAGGUCUAUAAUUUCCAGGCAAGGAUUUUGAACCCUUUUUGAAUGUAGGAACCACAUUUGCCUUCUUCUACUCAUCAUGUACAAUUCCUGAAAGAAAAGAAUCUUGAAAGAUUAAAAACAGAGGUUCACUUAUUUCCACACUUAUCUCCUUAAGUACUUGUGGAUGAAUGCCGUCAGUCCCUUGAGCUUUGUUUAUAUUACUAACACUUUCAUAUUUAAUUUUAUUUUUUUUUAGAAUUUAUGUACUUAAAAAAUGCAUUGGUGUUGGUUUUGCUCUCUUUGGCUACCACUUUCUCAUUUUGUAGUUUAGCGAAUCUAAUCGCCUUUUAGCACGCAUUAUUGGCUUCCUUACAUCUUUUAUGGUAUGCCUCUGAUUUGUCCGAUAUAAAGGCUUUAAAUUACCUUUUCUUAUUUUUAAUUUCUUGAAUCACUGUCCCACAAAGUUACAUUAGUUUCAGUUUGUUUCUUUUACAUUUAUUAUCCAAUGGUACACACUGGAAAUGUACCUUUUAUAUAUUUGUUUGAAGAUAUUCCAUUUACCCUCAUUUUUUUUUUCACUAAGCAGUUUAUGCCAGUCAAUAUAUUGUAAAACUGCCCUUAUUGAAAUUGAAAUUGAUAUGUUUUAGUAUACCCCAUAUACCUUAUUUUUUUGAGUUUAUUUCAAAGGACACUAUAUUGUGAUCACUAUUUCCCAAGUGCUGACCUACUUGAAUGUUGAUCAAAAGAUCAUAAUUGUUUGUUAAAACCAGGUCCAGACAAGCGUCCUUUCUAGUUGGUGCUUGUACAAGUUGUGACAAGAAGGUGUAAUUUAACAAGUUCAAAAAACUAAUUCCCUUUGCUGAGCUACUAGUUUCUCUGUCCCAAUUUAUGUCCGGGUAAUUAAAAUCUCCAAUAAUUAACUUGUUACCCAGAUUUGCAGCUAUCUCAAUUUGCUCAAACAGCUAUUCUUCCUCAUCAAUCUUAACAUUAGGCGGUUUAAAACAUAUCUCAACCAAUAAUUGAUUUCCCUUCUUUUGCCCCAAGCAGAUAUUUACCCAUAAAGCUUCCACAUCUUCCUCAUAACAUUCCACUUGCUUAAGAUUUGGCUUUAACUCAUGGUUGACGUACAAACAUACCCCACCACCUUUCCUGUUUUUUCUGUCCUUCCUAAAUAGUGUGUAACCAUUUAAGUUCACUGCCCAGUCAUGUGUCCAACCCCUACCUCAUUUUUCUCCCUCUAUUCCACUCGGUUCUCAUAUCUCUCCCUCUGUCCAACCCCUACUCAUAUCUCUUCCUCUAUCCCACCCCUUAAUCAUACCUCUCCCUCUAUCCCACCACAACUCAUAUCUCUCCCUCUAACCCAUCCCCUACUCAUAUCUCUCCCUCUAACCCACCAACCUACUCAUAUCUCUCCCUCUAACCCACCCCCUACUCAUAUCUCUCCCUCUAACCCACCCCUACUCAUGUCUGUCCUUAAAUCCCACCCCUACUUAUAUCUCUCCCACUAUCCCAUCCUUACUCAUAUCUCUCCAUCCAUCCCGCCCCACUCAUAUCUCUCCCUUUAUCCCACCUCUACACAUUUCUCUUCCUCUCUCCAACCCCUACUCAUAUCUCUCCCUAAAUCCCAUCCCUUACUCAUAUCUCUCUCUCUAAUGCACACCCUACUCAUAUAUCUCCUUAAAUCCCACACCUUCUCAUAUCUCUCUCGCCAUCCAACCCCCUAUUCAUCUCUCUCACUUUAUCCAACCCCUACUCACAUCUCUCCCUCUCCUACUCAUAUAUCUCCCUCUGUCCCACCCCAUACUCAUAUCCUGUCCUCUAUCCCAUCCCUACUCAUUUUUCUGCCUGUAUCCAAGCCCCUACUCAUAUCUUUCCCACUAUUUAACCCUGUACUCAUAUCUUUCCUUCUACCUCUCACCAUACCCUUUUACUUCUUUUAACCCAUCUUUACUUGUGCCUCUCCCUCUAACCUACCUUUUGUAUUUCCCUUUUCAAAACCCUGAUUUCUACCCUUUUAUUGCCCCUAUAUGUCGCUCCGUAUUUUACUUUCUAUAAGCUUGUCUCUCCUGCCCAAUCCAAUCGUUUGUCUUUCUUUCUACCCCCUACUUGUGUCUUGCCCUCCUCCCAUACACUUUUCCUUCUCCAACUCACACUUGCCUUAAACAGGCUGGCAUGCUGGCUGGUCUCAUUCUGUCUAGUGAGUGUUUAGGGUGGAGAUAUGAAGUAUGUUCCUCUACCCACCUUUAUAGUUCCCACGUCAUUGUUUAUGUGAAUGGAUAGGGUGGAGAUAAUAUGUAUGUUCCUAUCUCCACCUCUAUCCUCACGCUGCUCUUGUGCUGAAACUAGUCCUGAGGUCCUGAAAAUAACAAUCAGUUAAUAAGUUCCCCUCUCUCCACUCCCUUCAGUAGUCCUUUAAUGACUGGCUGUGUUAUGAGAUAUAAAAUAGUAUAAACUACAGUGUGAAGCCCAUCACACCAUCCUGACCUGCAAGAUAGUUAUAAAAUACAUGACACUAGAGCUGUGUGGGAGUGCUGAUCUUCCCAACCUGCUAUGAUAUGAGUAUUAUUUAUAAAUCACCAGCAAAUUCCAUAGCGCUGUACAAUAGGCGGAACAACAGACCUGUAUUUGCAACAAGACUAGUUGGACACACAGAGACAGAGGGUGUUGAGGGCCCUGCUCAAUGAGCUUACAUUCUAGAGGGAGUGGGGUAAAGUGACACAAGAGGUAAGGGAAGGGUGCAUUUCAUGUAUGGAAAAAAGUAGGUUGCUAGAAUAGUAGAAUAUGUUGUCCAUGUGUUUAAAUAAAGGCUAAUAUGUUAUACAUAUGCUUCAUUGCCAUCCAGAUAUGGGCAAGAUCGAUAAUUGAUAUAUCUGGAACAGUUACGAAGCCUCAGAGUUGACAAUGAAUUUUUUUUUAUGAACCAUUUGCUUGCUUUUAGUGUUUCGUGGACACUAUAGAGUUAACUUGUGCAUACAUUCUACUAACUCGUGGACUCAAGAUAGUUAUAUAGUUGGCAGCAUGGCCGGCCCUUCACUAAGCACCUUCCUCUCUGACUGCUGCCUCGGGCUGUUCCGGUCACUCGGUGGCCAUCAACAUGGUGGUGGGGUCGGCCGACCCCUUCAAUUGGAGCACACAUUAUCUAUCUUGUGGGCACUAUCAGCUAAAAUGUGCUCAUGAAAUAGGAAGACAGUCACCAGAGGUAUGUUUAACUCUGCAAUGUAAAACAUUGCAGCUUUGUAGAAUGUUAAAAUAAACCUUUUCACCUGUGUAAUUUGUGAUGUAACUAUUCCAUUUGAAAAUUGAGCUACCGAAAAAAAUAGCUCCAACACCAAAAUGGGAACUGGGGUGGGGUUGGGAUAACCAAAAAUGAUAAACCAUUACAAAAUAAAUAAUUAUUGGUGUUGUUCCUUUGUCUCAUUUUAAGCAAGACCUUAUUAAUGCUAUGCAAUAAUGGUUAGGUGCUACCUUCAGUGAACCUUAACAGUUCUGAUAUUGCACCAUGUGGACAUAUAGUGACUGCCUGAUCAUUAGCUGACAUACUCUGCAUACUCCUGUCUUAUUUGUUCUGACUUUGUACAGCUUGGACAGUAUAGCACAGUAGCAUCUUAAUGUUUCUAUUGGUGUUAUUAAUGUUCCACCUAUAUUAUCUUGCAUACAUUAGACGGGUGCGAAUAUAUCUGCCACUGUACGACCUGUAUAUACCGAAGCAAGCUGCAGCAGCGCAAGUCCCUAGCAAUUCUAUCAUGUGCCAGACCUAGCACCAGGCUACCAUAUAAGGAAUGCUUACCUACUUAUAGUCGUGUAACCUAAUUUUCAACUAGUGUAGCACUAAAUCGAGACAAAAUUCAAACUACGUUCAACCAAGGCUACAAGCUUAAACUUGAUGUUGCCAUGGAAAACGUACAGUUAGUCAAACCAAAACCUAGUCCGUAUACUCUAGACCUCUCAGUCAGUAAUUGUAUGUUUUAAAUUGUAACUCUUACCCUGACGUAACCUCACGAGAUUUAACUUGUUUAUAUAAUAUAAAAUUGUGCCGAAUACCCGCAUGCCAUGUCAAAUCUAUUGUUCUCCUUAAGCUUGCUAAUGCCGUUGUGGCACCGCAGGAAUAAAUGUUACAUGUUUUCACAUGCAAAAAUAAAUAUUGGUGUUGUUCAAUAGAUAUAACUUUUUUUAUAAGCAUAAAAUUAAAACAUACUAUUAGUUAGAACCUUAGAUCCUUAUAUCCAUCAUGAUUGAUUAGAACUAUGUUAAGCAAUGACCUGUUUUAAUCAAUCAUGGGGAAUUUAAAAAUGUAAGGUUCUAACUAAUAGCAAUUUUUUCUUUUAUAGAAAGAGUUAAGUUGUAUUUCCCAACACCAAUCUUUCCUUGUUUUGUAAUGAUUAAUCUGUGAUGCAAGUAAUAAUCUUGUCAACCAUUAAUUUGAGUAAAUACAAAAAAAGUUUAAUCUUUAAUUUAAAUUCUGGCAAACUAUUUCUCCGUGUUUUAUGUACUGUAAUUUUAAAACACUGUGCAAACGGCUGUUUAAGCGGUGUUAUAUGGCGUGAAAAUUAGCAUGCAAUUAUGUUGACGGUAUUUUUGGGGGAGUAGAGAAGGACACGAUCAGGACUCUUUAGACAACAAAAAACAUAAUGUGAGUAAACCAAAGGUGCACUCAAUCUCAAUCCAUGUCCUCCAGUGAGCUCUACUGCAUGCCCGUCUGCUGGACGUGGAUCCACAGUGGCAGAUAUGAACCAUCAGACCUUCUGUGUCAUAUACAAAAAAAGCAUGCACAUAUAGUUAUUUCCUUUAAUAUGGACGAGUGAACCCCGAGACUUUCCUCUCGUCUCAAAAAACAUAUAUACAAAUACACAGUAGGGAUAAUAACUCCAAUAUAGAUAUCCCUUCUCCAGCCAACAUCUCAAAUUCCUUACAAAUACCACCUGACUCCAUUACAAAUCUCCCUUCCCAUCCGUCCCUCUCCAGGCAUCACUCUCCCUUCUCCUAUAGAUAUCUGUAGCUCUCUCUCCAUGUAUCUACCCGUCUUUCUAUCUAAUAUAACCUAUAUACUUGGAGAUCAGGUGCAUUUAGUUACCAUGUCUGGUUGUUAUUGAGAUAUACUAUUACUGUAGAUGAAUGGGGACUAUCCAUGACUUCCAGAAUUAAACUGUAGCCAAUUUGCAAUAUGACUGCUGUGUUUCUGCUUCCAGAUAGGAACCCUGUGAAAAGGGUCACGUUUAGUUUUUAGAGGUACAUCAAUAGAUGUUACUAUGUGCAUUAAAGGGCAAGUCUAGCCACCAAAACCAUUACAUGUAAAUGUAUGUUCCUCUGCUGUCUGUGGAACAUGUUUGACACUGAUUGCGUUGUAUCGGAAACCUCCUUCCUUUCCUGUGGAUUAUUUUCCCUGUGAUCAACGUAAGCUUUCCGGACAGCUCUUUCCAUAAUCCAUGAGUUUUGAGCUCAAUGUACAGAUGGCGUCUUGCAAGACAACUUCCACAUGAUUUAUCUCUCCCUUCCAUCCCCCCCACCACUAAGAGCAUAAGACACAGGUUAAAAAAACUAGCUGUUAGAUUCCAUUAUGAUACCAUGUCAGAGAGCUUUUACUGUAAUUCAGUACAGGCUGAAACAUUUUAAAUCAUUUUAUUCAGUAUUUCUACGCAAUAUCUGGUGUUUUGUUUUGUUUUUUAUUUAAAGCAGCUCUGUCCCUUCUGGGGUAUUUGCAAACUUCACAAAGUCCCCAGGUGGUGACUGCUUUAAUUGCAGUGCAGUGGCCGUGGGGUGCAGUUUUUAAUAACCUAAACCUUACGUUGUGGCCACCACCGUCUUCUUCGAAGAGGUCUUCUUCAGCUCCCGUUGCUUCAUCUGCAUGGAGCUGGUGUCAGUGAUGUACUCUUGCUCAUGCAUGAGAGUUCAACACUGAUGUCUAUGGAGGAUCCUUUCGAGACUGCAGAGCCAUCCAUAAAGAGAGCAUUUUCCCCCUUAACUCUGCCUGUCAAGCUUUAUCAAGCGUACUAAAAAUACAAAGUAGCCCCUGUGAAAGGUGGGGCCGGAGAUGACAGAGCUGCUUUAAUGAGGACCUGUCUUUCUGUUUUUAGCAUAAUAUAUUCUUUACCAAACUCUGAUUGUGGGCUGCAUUGUAUCUUAAUAAUUUCUAUUACAAGAGAUCAUUCUGAAUAGCAUUUCUCCUAUUGACAUCUGUGGAAAACAGCUAUAGAGAUAUGCUUAUCUCUUAUAAAAUAUCCUUAUUUGUUUAUUUGUGUUUUUUUAAAACAAUUCUCUUUUAAAAGUUAUUGUGUAAAAGAGGGACAUUUUUUAAAAACUUUUUUUAUAUCCUGGUAGUAUUGUCAACAUGUUAAUUGGUCAGCCAGUGAGGUUUGUCCACUGAACAGUGAACUGCAGAGAAUUGACACGUGAAAUGCAAAACUUAGGAAAACAUAUAACAUUUUGCAAUCCAAUUUUCAUAUCACUACUAUUUAGUGUGUAAUGUGUAAAGCCCACUGAGUUGUGUAAAAAUGAUGAAGGUUUAAGGAAAACUGAAACCUGUAUUCCUAAUGCUCUCGUGCCCUAUUUGUUGUGUUACGGUCCCUUCCUCCCCCCGUUUGCCAUAAACAUAGAUUGGAUAAUUGUUUUACUUACCGUACCUUUUUCCAGUGCAGAGAUUACCUCAGAGCUGCUCACCUGUCCUCUGACGCAACAUUAUCUAGGAGGCUUGGCAUCCUGACCGAUAGUCCAAUCCAGUGUUCCUUAUUGGAGAUCUAAUGCACAUGCGUCACACACACAUCCAAACUUCUCCAUAGGGAAAAAGCAUUGAAUUCAAUGCUUUCUCCCCUGGGAUUUCCUAUCAGCUUCUGCAGCAUGUGACUGUGGCCUCUAGGGUCCUCUAAAGGUGAAUUUAACCCUGCAACGUAAACAUUGCAGUUUCAAAAAAACUGUAAUGUUUUACAUUGCUGGGAUAAAAAGACAGGAAAAGACAGGAACACUACGCCCAGACCCCUUCAUUGAGAUAAAUCUGGGUGACUGUAGUCUCCCUUUAAAUAAUGAACGUGGGGGGCGACUGUGCAGCAAGCAAGACGUGCUUGAGAGGAGCUCCGAACCAGAAGUCCAAAUAAAGGGGGAUUAACCUACCUAAACGGCUCACACGAGCACCGAGACACCCACCCCCAAACAGUUGACCAAACGGGGCAAAAAAAACAAAAAACGGAGACCCAUACAAUGCCUGAUAUCAGGAUUUCAUUUAACAGGCCAGCCCGGCGGGAAGCCCCCAAGAUGGCGCCGGAGAGGCAGAGUGAGGAUGAGGCCUCAGAGGCCUCGCAAGAGGUGGAACAACCCAAGGGGAAUACCCUAGCAAGCGGCACUACCAGUGAGUCUGACUCCGAUGCAGACUCAGCUCCAGCAACAAAGAGGGACAUUAAAUGCCUCCUGACUGAAAUGAGGCAAAUAUGGAGGGCGAACCUACGGGUGACACAGGUGGAAAUUGGCAACCUGGGUAAUAGACUCACGGCGGUGGAGUCCAAAAAUGGAGAGAGGGAGACACAGCUGUGGACUGCCCAGCAGGAGAUCCAAGGCCUGGCCCAACAGGUCCAACACCUGUCCAAGACUGUGACAGUACUAGAGGCCAGACACAGGAGGAAAAACGUCCCCCUCAGAGGAGUACCGGAGCGGAUCACAGGGGAUGGCCCUUCCUGCACCGCAUGCUGGCCCACAUGGGGGCCAAAACUGGAGUAGAUGGUGACUACCGCAUUCCGGAUCAGAAAAGCCGCCUCAGCCCCAGCGGAGGCACACAGAGACAUAACUGCAGUUACCAAGAACGUUGUGGCCAGAUCCGCCAUUAUGGCACGCUCGAGAGAACUGAAAACUGUGAACUUUGAAGGCUGCACGGUAGAUAUAUACAUAGUUACAUAGUUACAUAGCUGAAAAGAGACUUGCGUCCAUCAAGUUCAGCCUUCCUCACAAAUGUUGUUGCUGUUGAUCUAAAAGAAGGCAAAAAACCUGGUCUGAAGCGCUUCCAAUUUUGCCACAAACUAGGAAAAAAUACGGGGAUCUCCCAUUUGCUGUAUUGGCAACGAAAAGGCAGUUAGGCCCAACUGCUAGUAGACUGCGGGAGGCAGGGGUGAGGUACAGAUGGGGGGCGGACGGGUCAUUAGUUAUCCAGACGGGUGAGGAAACACUAACAUUGCCCCCUGAUGGAGACCAGGAGACGUUCCUACAGCGACUACAGGUGACAAACACAACCCCGAAAAAAGCCCUUAAGGCCAAGCCACGUACCCACCAGCGACUCCCAGGUACACCACACACAUAGUCGAGACACAGAUCUCCAGGCCAGCAGGCAGCUGACCAUCACAAAGGUCCCCGAGCGAGCAAGCAAGUAAGGGAGGACCAGUACUUGUAAGAUACAAGCAAGUUAGACACGUUGGACACUAUAUAGUUCCGCACACAUAUCUCAGAGGCCAUGACCCACAAUAGACUCUCAGCCCGAAUAUAGAGAGACAUCGCCCAGUCAUAGCCCGUACAAAUAGACAGGACAACAGGACAGAGGUCCCAAGGAUAAGUUAACCCUUCACUGUAUGGUACUGAGACACACAGCAUGUUAUUAUAUUAUGACCACGCAGAUGAAGAUAAUGUAUCACAGGUGGACCAAUGUUGGUACCCUCUGUCACGUUUUAUAUUACGACACAGUUUUAUUUCUGUGAAUGGUAAUUCAAUAAAAUACAAAUUUUAAAAAAAAUUGUGAACCUUAGGAGUCCGAUUUUUAUGAAAAAUGUUUAGUGGACUAGAAAUAGUCCAUUUUCUAAUUAAGAGAGAUAUACUCUAUUCUAAAAUCUUGGCUUUAUUUUGUUAUUUUUAUUUAUUUGUAUUGUAACUGUGAGAGAAUAAGAGAAUUUGAAGAAAAUUAAUUUAGAAAAUUUGUUUCACUUUACCACUCGCUCUUAAGCGAACGUACCCCGUUAGAAUUCUAUUUCUAAAUAAUUGUUUGAACUCCAGGUCGAAACUCACUACAUUUUGCACGGAAAUCACACAGUGACACGGAAAUGCAGGCGGUGUAAUACGCAUCUGAGAACAAAUUGGCAUUUAAGGGGAAAAAUGUUUUGCCCUUAAGCCAAAAACAAAAUUUAGACAAACGUUGAGAAUAGGCAAAAUAUCGAUAUAGGUUGUCCUUUGGUUAGUCCUGGUCUUGUCUCAAACAAGUUAUAUAACCCCAUUGCAUGUGUACAUUAGCAUUUUGGACUAAUUUUACCACAAGGAAAGUUUAGAACCAAAAUUCUGUCAGUUUCGCUCAGAAGUUCAGCAUCCCAUGAUAACUGAUUCAGCCCAAGUAUCAGUACGGUCUAUUUACACCUAGUGAUAUCUGGAUAGGCACAGUGAUCAGGGAGACCCUUUUUGACUGGGGUAUAUCCUAAUGAUUUAAAAAUAAUAAUUAAAAAAUCAUAAGAACAUUGAAAACAAUGAAAAUGAUUCUGUAUGUACCACGUGUUAAUAAGGUCUGCUUAAAGUGACACUAUAGUCACCAAAACAUCUCAUCUUGAAAGUCCAAGCUCACCAGAACUCAAUCUCCACUCUCCACAGGCAAGAGGGCGAGUGGAGAUUUUGACAGAAAUUCUGUAUAUGAUUCUCGCAGUUACUUUGUUCCGAAUGAGUUGCUAAACUUUGUUUUGUUUCUUUUUAUGCUCCCAGUUUGAUGUCCGGGCUGGCCGCGCUAGAUGCGAAGACAUCCAGUCGCCUGGGGAUUUUCACAAUUGCCUAUUAUCUGUGGACCACUUUCGUAGCCGUGAUUGUGGGGAUCAUCAUGGUAUCCAUCAUUCACCCGGGGGGAGCGGCACAGAAGGAAAACACGGAGCACAGCGGGAAGCCAGUCAUGAGCUCUGCAGAUGCUCUGCUGGACCUGAUCCGGUAACUGCGCAGCACACGGCUGAGUUAUAAUGUAACACUCAGCAGAUUCAUCAAAUGGAAGAGGUUUGUCAGAGGUUAUCAGAGGAGGAGUAUGUAGCACUGAUCAAUAAGAAGAUUAUGUCAGUAACAGAUAAUAACCUCACAUGUCCUAUUGCUCUCCUCCUAACCCUUGCAGUCAGGUCUCGGGGGCCUCCUGUUUUAAAUCAUCCUACUCUACCAGUUAUGUAUCUCUCUAGAUGCAAAUUAAUGAGCAAAGUUCUCAAAGUGGAGCAGUCGGCGUGGAAACCAGUAGAAAGUAACUGCUGACUGGUCCACUUUCAGAAAUUUACACUUUUAAAAACACAUUUAUACACGUUUCCCCCAUUACCUUUUUUUGUUUUAAUUUUUUUUAUUUAAGAAGAAAAUCGUUAUACAGUGCACGCGGACGCCAUAGGUGCCUCACAUGAAAAAAAGUUUGACAAUAAGAAACAACGAGCAUCAUAAGGUUUGACAAUAUGACAGAUCUUCACAGAAUAUUGGUGUAACGGACCGUUUUGCUCACCAGAGGUUAAAAACCGUUUAGGCGAUAUUCCCCUUUCAAGAUACACCGACAGCUACUGCAAGCACCAAUCUCCCGAACUGCAAACCCACGAAUUCACCAACUCCCGAACUGCAACCAAGGGAAUACUUGAAACUCCCGAACUGCAUACCAAGUAGCACUCCAAACUCCCGAACUGGAGACACACGAAUAGCUGUUAGCAGACGAACAGGAAAAGCACCCAAGCGGCUUACACUCCUGGCAAUCAGUCUCUAACAGCAUACAGAAAAUCCCCCCCAAAGACGAGAUGACACUUCGUUUUGAGGGUCAAGCAGAAUCUGGUUUACGGGGGCUAACUGCCCGGCUUUUAUGCAGGUCUCCCACCUGGUGGACACUCCCCUAGGGGACCAAAUGGGAAACUGGGAAACAUAUUGGCUCUUAGCCAAUCACAUACAUACACCUUUAAACACUCCCACAAUUACAUCACAAUCCCUCCUCUCUGUCCUGGAGAUAAUUGGGAAGUAAUCCAAUUAUCUCCCAGGACAGAGGCAAAACUCCAUUAACCACCUGGCAGUAACAAUACAGUAAAAGACAAAAUUACAUACAGCCACAUUUAUUACCUAAAACAUAUACAUUCUACAUAUCCCCAGAUAGCUUAGAUCUGAGCGCACAUUACUACCGAAUGGCGCUCAGGUCACAUACAUACAGUUCAAUCGCCAUGGAGCCAAAGUCUUUCCCAUAGUCUUUCAUUACACGAAUAGGCUCCAUGGCUUAGCUAUCUGGGGGAUGCUGUUCAUCCGGCGAAACUACCGAAUGAACAGUCAUUCGGUUCUGCUUACCGAAUGGGAAGGUAAGGAGGCUGGCGGCUCAGCGGUGUUUGCGCCAAUAAGUGUCCGUUUUCAGUUCCAUAGUUUGGGCGCUGAACCCCGCUGGCCGUUCGGGAGGUAAAAUGGCCGCUGCCACGUGUUCGGCAGACGAACAAAGGCCACCCAGCGUUCAUCAAUUAAGCUGCGGUUAACCGCAGCUUCUGGGCGGUCAAUUGACGGCACACUCCAGCUCCCAGGUGGUCCAUCGUUCGGUAGUUUGUUUGGCAGAUGGAAUCUACUGAACAUCCUGGCAAAAGGCACGAAUAAACCUUUCAGCAGGGAAAAUAACAGCUCUGAACUGCUGGGCCAUAAUCUAAAGGGAGCAGGCGAGCAACCAGGCUUCUCCAGUGCACAGUGGCGAGGUUGGUUCCGCCACAAUUGGUCUUUCUGGUGCUUCCCUUCGUCCUCUAAGUUUUUAGUAAACCAAUAUUCAAAAAAAAGUGAAAGGGGUAGGAAUCAACACGGAAAAGAGAGGGGAGGGAAAUACCACCAUUCGCAAUCCCCAAUUAAUAACCUAAUUACCCCUUUAAUACAUAUUAGACUUACAUCUUUUAUCCUAUGAAAGCUCUUUUAUACUUUAUUUCUGUUUUUUUGCUUUUUAGAAACACUGUAGAAAGACUAUUGGCGUGGGUGAUAUCUCACACAUUUGUAAAUGCUUACACUCAAAGAACCUCGCCAAUAGAAAACCUCAAACUAAACAAAAAUAAAAGUGCAUAUAGAAAAAUAGCCACAUACACCAGAGGGCGCCAGACACCAGAAUGCUUGGUAAUCACAGUAUAUACCAAUUCAGAUAGAAAUACCAAUGGCACAUAAAUAGUAGAGGUCAGGUUCACAGCUGUAAAUAAAUCUCCAACUUUGGAAUAAAAAAAAAAAAGAGAGAGAUUAUAGUGAAAUACAAUUUAUUAAAUAACUUAAAAUUGGUUAGAAAUACACUCACAAACAGUAUUGCCCAAUUGCAAGGACAUGUUCAAGAUAGUCCUUUUGCUUUUUAUAAAAUUACAUUGUAUCCUCUCUUUGUUGCAUUCGUGAGACAUUCCCUACAGCAAAGAUGUUCACAAUGUAAAGUUUAAAUAUGUAGAAAUUAACAACAGUACAGAGUUAUUGAGUUGGACAGAGUUGAAGCAUUAUCUGGUACCACCAGGUAUUUUCCUCCUUCAAUCAAAAGCACAAAACAAGGAGAAGAGAAAGCGCUUGCUUUUCACUGUUGGUCUUAUUGAGCCUGCUAAGGGGGUAGAUGGUUGUUAAAAGGAGGGUUUCUUCCCGACCUACAUACAUUAGAGGAUUGCACGCAGGCCCACAAAGCGGCCAACCAGUUCUGUGCACGGAUUGUUGCCAAUAUUUGAUGGUAGAGGUGGAAAUGGCCUGGAAUAAUUUGAGCCAGUGCAAAUAUAUACCGUUUUGCAUUCACCUUGCUUUUUUGUGUGAAUUUUUUCUCUGGUGUACCCAACAACUAUGACUAUGAGAAAGAAGACAAAAACUGUGAAUAUUUCACCAGAUUUAAGAUUGUUUAAAAAAGCAGGUAAAUUGAAAUCUGCUGCCGAAUGGUCAGUCAAAAUGAGUUUCGAUGCAAUUUGUUCUUGAUAAAUGUACGAAUUCCUUUGCUUUUCAUGGAAUUAAGAUGUUUUUUGGGGUUCUAUUUUAGCAGUCACUGAAUCCAUUAGAAGUGAAUUCCGAGGUCACUCCUGAAUAUUUUUGACUACACGUUUAGAGCUCAGUAAAUAAUUAUUGUUACAAUAUCCUGGAAAUACCGCUUGGGUAAAUUCGCUGUCAUGUAGCGAGUUGUAGGAGACAAAAUUCGUUAAUCCAUCUCAAACCUGGAUACCAAUUAAUUUGCCGUUGAUCAUGUGACUUUGUGUUUUCUGAGCAAUCUGAAACUGACCUGAAUUCGGCUAAUCAUGGCUUCCAGUUAAUAGAAACUGUGUUAUUGUCAUGCAGUCAGAGCUUCUCAGUGACUUCAAACCACCAAUAUCGUUUUAUUAAUUUAAGUUAUUCAGUUAUUGGAUUUUUUUUAAAUCAAUUUUGCAAUUUUUGAUUAGUUUAUGCAAAUUGUUAAUGUUCCAUAAUUUGCUGUUUAGUGAAUAACCCAUUUUUUUACUACAAACAUUCCUUCUGUUGUGUUUAUGUCUGUUUUGUAUUAGUCAGUGAAGUCAUUGCAGACUGCCAUAAGCACACCCAACUAAUCACGUUCAUGAGAUUCUGCAGAAACUCACGUCACGCAAGGAAAGUGAUACGAAGUUUUCUUUUUGGUUACAUUUUUGUUUCUCUUACUUAAGCAAACCUAAAACAAAGAUGUUAUAGGGUAGGAAAAUUAUAUGUAGAAUAGGGUCUACAAUGAUACAUGCCAUUGUAUGUCGUGCCUGGAAUCUGAGGAUUUAAAUUCAGUACAUGGUUUGGGCACCCACCAUGUUUUCCCAGAUUCAUAUUUUCUUCAUGUAGAUGAGCAGUACAUGAAAGGUGCUGCCAUGCAGUAUGUAUAAUGUAUACACUGCGGGAUUUCUGACUGGUUCCAGACAGAAUUGGCAUCUUCUGGGUAUGCAUAGGUAACAGGGGUGAGGGUAUCAUUAGGGCCACAGUGAUUUGGCACCAUCCUCGAUGUAACUUUUAGAAACAGGGACUGGAUAUCCAAUAGUACAUUUAGUAACUGACAUGGGGGGGGGGCAUUCCCUGGGUAUACAUAGGUAACAGGGGUGAGGGUAUCAUUAGGGCCUCAGUGAUUUGGCACCAUCCUCAAUAUAACUUUUAGAAACAGGGGCUGGAUAUCCAAUAGUACAUUUAGUAACUGACAUGGGGGUAGCGAACCACCAGUCCCAUCAGUGUUACUAAGGAGUCAUCUCCCCGUCAAAGUAGUCACCAAUUAUAAAAGAAUGAUCAGUAGUACUGCACAUGCAGGCUACUUAGGGAAGGUGGACUGGCAGAUGAGGUAUUAGAGAAUAGAUCUUUGCUGCACAGGUUUGAUUGUAUUAAAUACCUGACUGUUCAUUAUGUGCUUGUUUCCAGCAAUGCUUUCAUUAAGACCCGGGAGAGAAUCAGCAGCUCACUGUUCGUGGGCAGAGAGGAAGGGAUAGGUCAUAACUUAUCUCCAUCUCUCAUUAGUUUAGAGGCCUAUUUCUCUAUAACUUAGUGGCAAACGUAUACGUAGAGGAAAUGUAUAUUGGACGGGCACACACACACAUGCACACGUAAUUGUUUUGUUAGGUAUAUUACUUGCACAUGCACAUUCAUUUUCAUUCAUUUGAAUCAAUUCAUCUGAAAAAAUUUUUUCUGUUGAAUAGGGAUGUGUCCAUGUAAUCUUUCAGUUUGCAUGAAUUUCUUCCAUUGAAUUGUGUCAGGAAAACGAUUAAGACAAACCAGUAAGGAACAAAUCAGUGCAAAAUAUUAAUAUAUAUAUAUAUAUAUAUAUAUAUAUAUAUAUAUAUAUUUUUUUUUAAUUUUACAGCUUGUCUUUAUUUCACUCUAUUUGUCACUUCUCACUUAAACGGUGAAUAAAAUCAACAUUUCAUGGCUGUUCCCUAACGAUCAAUCAUAUUUUUUUCCCAUCAAUCAUUGAAACUCUGAAUCAAACAAAAACUGUUCAUUCAUUGUCCAUUUUUUUUCUUCUUCAUAAUUCAGUCAUGUAGAGAUUUGGAGUUCAAACAGACUGGAAUCCAGACAGCUCACUGAUCGCCCCAAAUUCGGACGAAUCGCAAUUCAUUUAAAACUGAAUGCACAAGUCUGAUUCAUAUACACACAGAAACAUAUGUAGAGACACACACAUUGAUAUACAUACACACAGACUAACACACAAACACAGACACGACACACGCACAGAUACAUAUAGACACCUACUCAUACACAGACACAAAAACAUUCAUACACACACUACACACAGAGACUCACAUUUAAAUCCACACACACAUGUUUGUACACAGACAUACAUACACACAUUCAAAAUAUAUACUGACUCAUACACACACAUUCAUGAACACAUUUAAUUUGUAUUUCUUUUUUAUGUAUAUGAACAAGUUCCAUACAGCCUCCCUUUUCUUACCUUGAAAGUGAGCUGUAGCGGAACCUUAUCUCUGGGGUCCAGUUGUUUACUGUUGGGAUCUCCUUCUACUGAUUGGCUAGCUCCCUGCAGCUUGGAAUUGAUGACAUCACAUCAUGGCUCCAGCAAUAGGACAGGGGUGCACUAGCAUGCGCAGGUAGGAAAGUACCAGCUCUUAUGAAAAGGGGGUGCUCUGUGCACCACUCUGCCACUUUUCACCAAAGGCAGACAACCGCCACCUCUCGGGUAGAAUGCCCAUGCUUGGUGGAAGUUAUGGCAUGGUUAACUUUCUGCACCAAUGCCUCUUUUUCCAACCUCAUGGCUUAGAUACACCAUUGUGUGCAUACUUUUGUGUAAACUUGUCAGUUGUGCCAGUUGAUGACAAUACGCUCCUGUGUGCACAAGAUCAUCUAUGGAAGAUCCCAGGGUCUGGUAUUCUUCUUGCGUGAACCUAAUUUAGUGAUACGGGCAUUGGGAGAUGAAACCACCAGGAGCUAGAAGAAGUUGGCUGGGCAGAGGAAAAAGAGAGGUUCAGGUAAGUAAAUUUCCCCUCCCUAUCAUUCCUUCAUGCAUCAUCAUGCAAGUAGACAUUUCACCAUGGAGUGGCCUUAGCCAAAUUGGCAGCUGAAUUCUAAAUUGUAUUCUUGAUGGCAGGUAGAGGUAAUGGAAGGUUUUACAUAUUGGUCAAAUAGAAAAUGAACAAUGUGUAAGGAAGACGAGUGAAGUGGAAAAGGUUUGUAUAUAGUGGAGUUGAAUCAAAUAAGCAGAGGUUUCAUUAGCCAAGAUGGGACACGAGGGGAAAUGUAGCUGGAUUAUUGUAGUAUCUUCAAUGAGAAACAGAUUCAAACAAUAUUUUAAGAAGUUUUGUAGGACUUUUUAAGGUUUUAAAUCGGAGGUGUUAUAGACACAACACAGAGCACUCAUGCAUUAGUUGGGAUAUAUUGGUGCCAUUUGUAGACAGGAAGAGUUUAGAUAAUGAGGGGAAGAUCGACAAAUACAAUUUGAUAUUAAUCAUUGAUUUCUUCCCCAGGAACAUGUUUCCAUCAAAUCUUGUUGAAGCUACAUUCAAGCAGGUCAGUGAGAAAGUGUGUUUGUACAUGGAUAUAUUGGGGGGGCUGGGGGAGACGAUUUAUCAGAGUGUUGCAAACUCUUUUCUGUAUAAUUUUCAGCAAAUUUCAGAUCUGUCAGGUUUGUUUGCUCGCUAACUGUUGUUUUUGAAUAUGUACCAUUUUUUUCACUGACGCAGCAGAUUUAUAAAUGUGUCCUAUACUUUUUCAGACAGUUUUCUGAUAUGGGAAUGUCUGAGAGAACUGGCAUAAUAUACUAUUAAAAAAACCGAUCACUUUAAUAAAUACAAUGGAAUUUAUUUUUCACAAAACACUAAAUUGUAAAUUGAAAACCAGAUUGGAGAAUUUUCUUAAAAUAAUAUAUUUUUUGCCUACAUUUUGAAAUUUGGUACAACUUGAUGUGCAGUGAUUAAACCACACAGCGUGAUUCAAUAAAUAGAGCCACGUAAUUGCAAAUUAUAAGGCAAAAUAGACCCCAAAAAAUUAUUUCUUAGAUAUUUUUCCAGCUCAUGAUUUUUUACGGAAUCUGUUGGCGCUAUAUAAAUGGCAAUAAUAAUAAAAUAAUAAUAUUGAAUAUUCAAAUUGGCUGGCCAGUCCCUCACAAUAUUUGAUCCAGUGAGUACAUCUGUCAUGGAAUUAACCUGUGAAAUGUAGUAUGACCAUGCUUGUUUUAAGUUAGAGGCAUCUCCUAUUAAUUUAUGAGCGCAUGCAUGCCAAAGUUAAUAGGGCUGGGUGCCCGACUCUACAAAGGGCACAGAAAAUAUGUUCGUUGAUUUUGUGUUCAUCACUAACUUUAAAAUGCCUGAACAAUUUGCUGCUAAUUACUAAUUGCUAAUAAUGUUUAAUGCCUAGUAAAAAAACAAAUCUAAAUUCUAAGCAACAGUUCAAGUAUAUUAACCAGCUUGCAGCAUAAGAACUACAUUGAAAUGAAGAUGUUAUUGUGCCAGGAGCCCCCUGGGCGCUUCCUUACCUUUAGGGGUUAAACCGUUCACAAACCUGUAAAGCAUGCUGAGUUUUGGGUCCUGUCCUGUUAUCCCAACUAAGUUCCCUGGUGUCAUGCUUUUUGACGCGCUCGCACUAUGAUUACGGCAAUAGGACUUUGCAGGGAGCACUGUCUCAAAGGGCUGGCCCGCAUGAUUGACAGGCAGCCUGGCGUGCAGUCACGCCAGGCCAACCUGUCAUUAACAGUGGCAGACCGCCCAUUUGGGGUUGAGCUAGUGAUUUGGUCUCUUCACUGGCCUGCCCCUUUACCUCCCUCCCUGCAGCAUCCCGUAUCCCAGAAUGCCAGCGUUGGGAGGUAUGCCUAAUGGUAUAUAUGUACUUUUUUUAUGACUGGCGAACUACUGAUUGGUUUAGAGCCUCAGCUGAUCACACUAAGCCAAUCAACCUCGAACCCUGCCCAGUGGCAGGCCAUGAUUACUGGGAAAGAAUUCGAGAAAACGGAUAUGGAUAGUUACAGGGAAGAACGGCCUGGAGGGAUGCGUCAGGGGGUUGGGGGGUGGGGGGGGCACAUAGCAGCAAUAACUUCAUUUCGAUGUUAUUGUGCCUGGAGUUUUCUUUUAAUUGUAAAAUCCAUUGACAUUGUCAUUAUGUAAGUAAACAGCUUGGCUCAAUCAUCAGGUUAAAUAGUGCUUCUAAUGCUUACACUAUAACCACCUGCCUGAAUCAUUGUCCAAACUGUUGCAACAUAGUAUAUGUCAAUAGUAUUAAUAUUUUACCAGGUAAAUAAAUGAUUCUACAAUCCAACCAAACUGCAUGAUUUAGCAAACAAUGACACAAAAACAUAAAAUAGAACAAAAGUACAGAAAUUUGACCACACUGCUCAUAUAUAACCUGGUGUAAUUUAGCAUCUACAACUGUAUCAUUGUAUAUAAUAGACCUCGUGCUGGGAAUCUCUGUUCAUUAACCUGCACAAGCUCUAAAGACAUAGAAGUGUCUGUCCUACCCCCUACACCAGGGGUAGUCAACCUGUUAAUACCUCCCGCCCACUUUUGUAUAUUUGUUGAUGGUAAGAUUUCCUUACCACCCACCAGUGCCGCAGUAACGAAUAUUAUAGCCUAUGUGCGUUUUGUUUUGUUUAAGGAAAAUAGUUUUUUUUUAAAUAUGUACUUACAUUUAUCUAUUUUUUUCCUUUUUUUCUAUUGUAUUUUUUGUAUGUGAGUCUGUGAGGUAAUGUGUGUGUAAAGGGUGUAGUGUGUGUAAAGGGUGUAGUGUGUGUAAAGGGUGUAGUGUGUGUGUGUGAUAGGUGCAGUGUGUGGGAGGAGACAGUGUGUGAAGGGUGCAGUGUAUGUGUGAAGGGUGCUGUGCGUGCGUGAGGGGGCAGUGCUUGUGUAAAGGGUGCUGUGUGUAUGUGAGGGAAUAGUGCGUGUGUGAGGGGGCAGUGCUUGAGUGAGGAGGACGGUCUGUGUAUGUGUGAGGGGGACGGUCUGCGUAUGUGUGAGGGGGGCAGUGUGUUUGUUUGCGAAGGGUGCUGUGCUGUGUGUAGGUGGGUGAGAUGUGAAAAUCUACCUUAAUGUCUCCCCAUCCCUUCUUCUUACCUAUUACCAGGGAGAGGGAUCAUAAUACUGCAAGUCCUGGUGGUCCAGUGGUGGCAUGUUCCUCCUCCGGCUGCAGGUUGACUCUCCUGUACUCCAGUGAGCAAAGCACUGUAUCGGAGCGCUGCCAUGGUAACAUGUGGAAACUCUCCGACCAGCCUGCUUACGGGAGGAUCACAGAGCUUCCCAGGCCCUACCCGACUUCUGCUGGAACUAAGUGCCAGUGGGUUGGUGAUGGAGAUAUUUCAUUUCCUCACCAGCCCGGGAGGGCUUACAGCAAGGCCGGCAGGGGAGAUGAAAGGAUCUCCCGAGCCGGCCUUGGUCCACGGCCACCAAGCCCACUGGCCACAGACAGUUGGUCACAAGAACAGGGUUAGCUCUCUGGUUACUGUCUAUAUAUUUUGAUAUAACAUUUUCUUAGAAGUCAUGUACAGAAAUUGGAGCCUCUGUCAACAAACAGCUGGGCACCUGCUGUUGGGCAUGUCUGAUAUACACUAAUAAUAUCAAGUUAUAUGCUUAUACCAAAGUAAUUAAUCAAAUAAACUAAAAUCACAUUUAAUCCUCUCUCUCACUGAAACUGGCAGCUACCAUGAACGGCAAAUCUAAUUGUAUUCAAAAGAUUUCUAGGGAUUUAAAUAGAAUUACAAAAAAAAUAUAGGGAUUUACCAACUGCCAAUUUCAACAGCUUGAUUUGCACAAAGUCUUAGAUAUGAAAUAUGUUUUAAAAGAUUAACGAUGCACAGAUAUUCUAUAUUUUGUUUCUUGAUCUUUUUUGCUGUCAUAUUGCUAUUUAAAAAAAUCUUGUUUAACGCUAUUUGUGUAAAAUAGAUAUGUCUAAUCCUAUACCCCCAAGCUGCUGAAAUGCAUUUCCCAUAAUCCUCUACUAUCCGAUGGCUAACAAAGAAUUAUGGGAACUGUAGCUCUGCAUCAACUGAUGGGCUGAAUUUGAUAACCCUAAUAUAAGUUAUGGAUUGAGUCCAGAUGGCAAACUCUGGAACUCUGGAAUUGUAAUCUGUAUUUCAAAAGUAAUAAUGUAACAUUUGUUCUCUCAGUACCGCACUAAGAACGUACCAGUGGUUAAAAGUGGGAAGACGGCUUUAUCUGAAAGCAUUACUCACAGAAUCCUCAUUUAUGGGAUUCAGGAUGAGAAUGGAUCACACAUACAGAAUUUUGCCCUUGACAUCACGCCAUCACCAGAUGUUAUCUACAAGUCAGAGCCCGGAACCAGUGAUGGCAUGAAUGUGUUGGGUAUUGUCAUCUUCUCGGCCACUAUGGGUAAGGCAUGGUACUUUACAAAUAGAAGAGAUAGUUCUGGUGUGUGGAAAAUCACUUGCAAAAUAUCCUUGUUGGAAGUAAAUUUUAUUUUCAGAAAAAAAUACAUAAACCGAUUCUGGCUCCCACCUGUUGGAGCUGCUCAUAGAAAUUGUUCUGGCUUCUGGCUUUAAGACCUGCUUCCAGGACCGGUUCUGGCUUUUGAGGCUCUGUUCCUAGAGAACAUUAUGGAUCCUAUUUGUAGGCUGUGAUACCAGAGUCUGCCCUGGUUCCCAUUAGGAAAACCGUCUGACAGAGUUUGUUCUUGCUUCUGCUUGUUGAAUCUCCGUACUGAUCCUUUUACUGCAUUCUCUUUACAUUCUCUUUGAGAACUUGUUCUAAAAUUCUAUUUGCAGAAUAGUAGAACCUGACCCCAUAUACUUUAGUGCAUGCCAAUUCUUUGAUGUUCAGUUCUGUAAGAUAUGGUCUUGAAAUACUUUCUUUAUCCCACGACAUACUUGAAAACAAGAGAAAUCUCAAUGUAUCCUUCCUAGUAAAAUAUUUUAUAAAUAAAUAAAUAAAUAUCACUUUUUUUCUGAAAUAGGUUAAAAUCCUAAUCAACUUUUUUACCUUUGUGGGACACUUUCUUAGCCUUGUUGACGUUUUAAAUGCAUGUUCUGUUUUAAUGAUGUGUGCUUGCACCAUUACAAAAACAAUGUAUUUGACUAAACCUGGUCCAGAAAGAAUUAAUGAGAUCUCUUUUUUUUUUUAAUAGUCUUAUUCCACUUAUGCAGCUCCCAAUUCUAUUAUUUAUAUGCCAUCCAAUGGUCCUCUAGAGCUGUGGUGAGCACAUUUUUUGUUAAGGCACAACAGGACAAUUGGAUUGUGUCGGUAUGUGUCCUAGCACCCAGAAUGUCAUGAAAUGUCGUGUAAUAAAACAAUUGCUGUCUAUAUAUGCAGGAAUAAUGCUCGGACGCAUGGGGACCAGUGGAGUUCCAGUUGUCAGUUUCUGCCAGUGCUUGAACGAGUCUGUAAUGAAGAUUGUUGCAGUUUCUGUGUGGUGAGUUCCGAUUGAACAGCAUUAUUUUAUAAAUACAAAAACAUAAGUCCUGAGCUUCACUCCCAUCACUCCUGGGCGGCAGCAAUGAACACAGUACAUAUCAGCCCCAAUAGAUAGUUAAAAACCAAAGGGGAAAAAGUUACCUGCGGCUGAUGUGUACUGUGGUAGUUGCUGCCACCCAGGAGUCAUGGGAGUGAGCGCAGGACUUAUCUUUUUGUAUUUGUAUUCACUUUUUGUAUCACACAGCUUUGUUACAAUGCAGCCGCCCAUCCCAUGUGUUCCCUUUUAGGGGUUAAUAAGUAUAUAGGGGUGUAUAUAAAAAAUACCCCUGUCUGUCUCAUUGGAGAGAUCGUUGCCAGAAGCUCAGGGAAGCAGGGUGAAGAGUCAGUGUAGGACCCACUUUAGGGGGGUCUGCCUUGACGUUGGCAGGCGGGCAUUCCCUCCAAUGGCCAUUGGAGCAACGAAAUGACCUCCAUUUGUCUAAAUAUACAUAGGGAUUAAGGAGAGAGCGCAGGUAACUUUUUUUUCUUUAGCAUUAUUUUAUAGUUGCUUUGAUUUAAUAUUUUUGUGUAAGCUUUUCAAAUUAUCACAGUUUGUUAGAAAAACUUUUCAAAUGAUUUAUCUACGAGAGUCACCAUUAAAGUCUAGCGUAAUUUUUGUAGUUAAAUAAUUUUAAAAGUUUUUCUAACAGAUUGUAAUUAUUUUAAAACCGUAUCCAAAAUUAUUAAAUCAAGGCCAAUGUCUGUUUAAAGGAUUUCUCAAAGCCUGGUGCACUGUGUAUUUCUCCUCACAUCUUACAUUGAAUACUGAGUUUAUCUUUGUAUUCCAACAGGUAUUUCCCAUUUGGAAUUGUUUUCCUGAUCGCAGGGAAGAUCCUGGAGAUGGACGAUCCGACCUCUAUUGGGAAGAAGCUAGGAUUUUAUGCUAUUACCGUAGUGUGCGGUUUGGUGGUACAUGGACUCUUUAUUCUUCCCAUCAUGUACCUGUUUAUCACUAAGAAGAAUCCCAUCGUUUUUAUAAGAGGAGUGUUACAGGCUUUGUUGAUAGCCUUAGCCACGUCCUCCAGGUAUUGUACAGGGAUAGUCAACCUAUGCCUUUCUAUUUAAUGCCUGAAUUCAGGAAACAAUGUUCUAACACAUUUGACUUGUGUCUUUCCAGUUCUGCCACUUUGCCAAUAACAUUCAAGUGUCUACUAGAGAACAACCACAUAGACCGCCGAAUCGCCAGGUUCGUGCUGCCAGUGGGCGCCACCAUCAACAUGGAUGGAACAGCUCUGUAUGAAGCUGUGGCUGCCAUCUUUAUUGCACAAGUCAAUAACUACGAGUUGGACUUUGGCCAGAUCAUUACUAUUAGGUGAGAUGUGCUGAAUGAGGAUAGUGUUUACUUUACAGACCUUCUGAAAAGUUAUAUUUUAGAUUCAGGCCAUAUCAUUCGGUUCACAUGUAGAUCCCCUUAUAUCUUCUCAGACAACGAGAUAGCACCAGUCACUGGUGGACACUUUAAGUCCUUAAGGCCUACUGGGUGGCCAAACUAAUAAGAAGCUUCAAAUCCAACAGAGGUUUGAAGCCAAAUACCAGGGGGACAACACGGACUGUAAAAAGGACUUAACCCUCAUGUGAAAAUGAUCAAAGAAAAGGGAAAUGAAGACUAAUCAUGUGAAAACAUGUCCAACCUGAAAAUUAAUAUAUCCUUUUUUAGAGUAUACACAAAAAUAAAUGUUAUAAAUAUGUAAAAUGUAACUAAAGAGUAAAACAAAGAUCCUGUUCACAAGGAAAGUAACAAUGUGUGAGUGAUACAAUGUCUCAAAAACUUGUGAGUCACCUUCAGUCUUUACUAUCUCAUUACUUAUGUGGUUCCCCAAUUGGACAUGUAAGACACUUAAUCAAUCUGCUCUAUAUAGUGAUAGCACAGGGAGGGGGUAACAUUAAGUAGCUGAAUACUAGAUUUAAGGUUUGGCUAGUAGAGGUAAGUAUCUCUCUCUUAGUAUUGGUAAAACAGCAAUUACUGUUUAGUCCAUAUAUGUAGGUAAUAUCAACUUAGUAUUCCAGUACUUCUAUUGCCAUCCAUCGAAGUAGUUCUUGGAUUAGCAUAUAAAGUAUGAAAAUAAGGCCCAUCCACGUGGGAUGUAAAAAAAUGGAUAAAGUAGAAAAUAAUACCUCGGCUGUAAGUGAAAAUCACUGACAGCCUACAGAGAAAAGGGAAAAGAACACCUCAGCUCUCGAAGAAUUGAGCAGCGGCACUGCUGAUUGGUCAGCUGACGCUCUCAGCCAGUCAGUGAUUCCCCAUUCAUAAAACUGGCUUGAAAAAGGGAAGAUUAUUUUUAAGAAAAUGUUAUGAAUGGGGAUUCACUGAUUGGCUGAGAACGCCAGCGGACUGCUCUUACGCAAUUAGCAGCACCGCUGCUAAAUUCUGCAGCCCUCCGGUUUAAAGACUUUGAGAAAAUGGAAGGACAGAGAGACAGUGAAAUCUGGUGCUGAAACAAAGACUUUUGGUUAAACCGCUCUAGACCAAUUUAACCCCUUAAUGUGAGCCAGCACCAGGGAUCUUCUGGCACCAUAACAACUAUAUUUUAAUGGAGUGUUCCUUUAAUUCUUGACUUUUGGUGUGCAAUGAGGACUGAUUUGGGUACUAGUCAUGUAGAAAUGUUGUGUCUAAAUGUGUCUAAUUCUAUCUAAAAUGGAUCUAAUUGCUUCCCAUUCUUUACAUGUUUAUCUGAUGAUUCUCCCCAGUAUUACAGCUACUGCCGCCAGUAUUGGGGCUGCAGGGAUACCCCAAGCUGGCCUGGUAACCAUGGUGAUUGUAUUGACCUCUGUUGGCCUGCCUACUGAUGACAUCACACUUAUCAUUGCAGUUGACUGGGCUUUGUAAGUUUAUGUUUUGUUUUCUGACUCCUGUUAUGAGAUCUGUGUUUGACAAUUCGGUUUCCUGUUAAUAGUCCAGCCAGGGGCUUGAUUUGUAUAGUAUUAACCCCCCUUCCCUCCCUCCCCCACCCUCCUGUAGGUAGCAUUGCAGACCAGGCACUUGUUAAUUAUAACCCUGACCGCCAGCAUGGGAAAUACUCCCAGUUAAAUAUAAUUUGGCUGCUUGUGUUAUUUCUCUGGAGGAAAACUGUGACAGACCUCUCUGUCUUUUAAACUGCUUUAUUUCUCCUUGGUUCGUCUGUUUGUUCGGCUAGUUCUUUGUCCGUACAGCCCGUAUGUUUAUUCUUAAUUUUACCGAAUGAACAGCCGAACAGCCAGCCACCCAGCAUGGAAGUGUGCUGCUGGUUAACCUCAUGGCCUCAUUAGAACAUUGUGGUUAACUGCAGACACCUCUUAAUUGUCGAAUGUAGGCUGGGUGUCCAACGUUCGUAUAACGAACACGAUGCGGUGGCCAUCUUGGACAUACGAAUACCCAGCGGUGUUCGUCGACGAUUUCAUGGAACUAAAAACGGAUAUUAUUUUGCAUGAACACCGCUGAAGCCUCCGCCCUCCCUUCUUCUAUUUCUCCAUCAUACGAACGCCGCUCUGUUCGGUACUUUUCUGCACGAAUGGACUUACCCCAGAUAGUCAUGCCAUGGAGCCUAUUCGUAUAACAAAAGACUUUGUCUCCAUGGCGAUUGAACUGUAUGUAUGUGAUCUGAGUGCCAUUCGCUAAUAAUGUGCGCUCAGAUCUAAGCUAUCUGGGGAUACGUUAACUGUACCUAGUGCAUUCGGUAGUUUUCAUGUUAUAUAUUUUUGUGUUUUUUCUGCCAUGUAUAAAAUGGAGUUUUGCCUCUAUCCUCGGAGAUAAUUGAAUUACUUCCCAAUUAUCUCCAGGAUAGAGAGGAGGGUCCCUUACAACUAGAGGGGAGUGUUUAUGUCUGCAACCUUGUGAUUGGCUACUGUAUUACUAUUGUCACAGUUUUCCACCAGGUCCCCUAGGGGAGUGUCCACCUGGUGGAAGACCUGCAUAAAUACCGGGCAGGUAGCCCACAUUAAACCAGAUUCCUGCUGACCCUCAAUACAGAGCCUUGUCUCGUAGUGGGGGGGAUUUAUUCGUAUGUUUUUUCCUGUUCAGCUUUUUGGAGUAUUCAUAUGGUGUGGAGUAUUCGUAUGAUUCCUGUUCGGCUGAUUGGAGUGUUCGUUAGCUGCCUUGGCAUUCGGAAAGGGAACAUCCUAAACAGCUUUAACCCUUCGUAUACCUGGGGGUGCCGUUACAAAAACAAUAGUGUGAUUGCCAACACUAGCCCCCUCCACUUGGAAGAAGCUCCUUAAAGGAACACCAUGACAACUUCACCGGAAUUAAGUUGCUAUGGUGGAAGGAGGUUAACAGUUAACCCCAAAGUGUUGAAUCCUGCGCUCUAUUACUCUGCCCACAAACACAUGCCUCAGUCUGAGUCUUGAAUCAAGAAGCCAUGGACAGGAGCGCUGCUGAUAGGCUGAGAGAUAUUUUGUGUAUGGUUUGAUACUGAUAGGUUGGGAGCAUCAAUUGAGCAUCAAAUCAGUGGCACCUCUAUCCAAGUCUUCCUGAUUUAAGCCUGGGACUGCGGCGGGUGCUAGUUGCAAGAGCGAUCUAGCGCAGGAUUCAAUACUUUGAGGUAAAACCGUUUAUUAAGGUGUCCAGGGACCUCCUUGCACAAUAACAACUUCAUCCCGAUGAAGAGCCUAGGGCAGUGAUGGCGAACCUAUGGCACGCGUGCCACAGGUGGCACGCCGGGCCCUUUCUGUGGGCACGCGGCCACAGGUUCGCCAUCAAUGCAGAGAAGGCACCUGCCCGACCGAAACGGCAGGCGCCUACUCUGCUUCCGGGUCGGGAGGCAGGGGGAGUGCUCUGUGAUGCAGCUCCCCUGUCCUCCCGCGCGAUGCUGUGUGGAGCGUUGCCGCGUGUUACCAUGGCAACGCUCCACACAGCAUGGGAGGACAGGGGAGCUGCUUCCUGGAGCCCUCCCCCUGCAGUGCUUACCACCACCGGACCACCAGGGAUCGCUGUGUCCCCCCUCCCCCCACUUCAUUAAAGGUAAGAAGGAGGGAGGGGGGUAUACUGACACAGCACCCUUACCCCCCCCCAGCAGUAAUCCCUACCCUCCCCAGCAGUAACCCCUACCCUCCCCAGCAGUACCCCUAACCUCCCAACAGUACCCCUAACCCCCCCAGCAGUAACCCCUAACCCCCCCAGCAGUACCCCCUACCCUCCCCAGCAGUAACCCCUACCCCCCACACACAGUACCCCUACCUCCCCGCAGCACCCUUACACAUAUAGCACACACACAGCACCCCCCCACACACACAGCACCCCCACACACACACACACACAGCACCCCCCCACACACACACACAGCACCACCCCACACACACACAGCACCCCUCACAUACAACACUCACACACACACGCACCCCCCACCUCAAUGCAGUAUGUGUGUAUUCAGCAGUCUGUGUGUGUGUGCGUGUAUUCAGCAGUCUGUGUGUGUGUGCGUGUAUUCAGCGGACUGUGUGUGUGUACUCAGCAGUCUGUGUGUGUACUCAGUAGUCUGUGUGUGUGUGUACCUGGCAGUCUGUGUGUGUGUGUAUUCAGUACUGUGUGUGUGUGUGUAUUCAGCAGUUCGUGUGUGUGUGUGUAUUCGCAGUUCGUGUGUGUGUGUGUGUGUGUAUUCAGCAGUCUGUGUGUGUGUGUGUGUACUCAGUAGUCUGUGUGUACUCAGCAGUUCGUGUGUGUACUCAGCAGUCUGUGUGUGUGUACUCAGCAGUCUGUGUGUGUGUAUUCAGCAGUCUGUGUGUGUACUCAGCAGUCUGUUUGUGUACUCAGCAGUCUGUGUGUGUGUGUGUGUGUGUGUGUGUACUCAGCAGUGUGUGUGUGUGUACUCAGCAGUCUGUGUGUGUGUGUACUCAGCAGUCUGUGUGUGUGUGUAUUCAGCAGUCUGUCUGUAUGUGUAUUCAUCAGUCUCUGUAUUCAGCAGUCUUGUGUGUGUAUUCAGCAGACUGUGUGUAUGUAUUGCAUUUGUUGGAGAUACUAAUAAAUAUAAGCUUAAUUUUAUCUAUUUAUAUCAUUAUUUAAAAUUUGUAUCAUUGAACUCUCUGUGUUCUUUUAAAACAAAAGUUAUUAGUUCGGACAACAGUACGAGUUGUUUUUUUCUAAACUUAAACCUCAGUAUUUGGGUUUAAUUGCCGUGUUGGCACUUUAAGGAGAAAAAUGUUGGCAUGUAUUGCGGUUUGGGCACUCGGGCUCAAAAAGGUUCGCCAUCACUGGCCUAGGGUGUCCCGCUUUCCAGCCAAUUUGCGCUCUGGCUGUUUAAUUCGCAUUUAUCCCUUAAUAAGUUAUAAAAGCUGUAUGUGUGGCUUUUAUUUUUGGAGAAAUGUGUGCAUCAAACAAGCCAACAUCCUAAACCAGCCAUGAGUAAUAUGUUAAAUAAUCACUACAUUCUCUUUGAUGCACAGUCAGGCAUUUGACUGACUUUGCAACAUAGGGGACACAGUCCGCAGAAGCUGAAUGUUAGUUAUCUCUAUUGGAAGUUAUGUCACUGGCGGAAAGGUAACCAUCUUGUUCUUCCUUUAUUAGGGACAGAUUCCGGACUAUGAUUAAUGUACUUGGAGAUGCUCUGGCUGCAGGUAUCAUGGCCCAUGUUUGCCGAAAAGACUUCGCCAAGCAGAGUGAUGAGGUAAAAAUGAGCCUUAAGGCUAUGAACACCCCCAAUCACCCCCUACACUGUAACCAUGAGCGGAGAUCACUGUUUUACUGAGUACCUUCACUGCAUAGCAACAUCCUUUCUACUAAGCCCGGUGGGGAAUAUGGACCCAUAUGUGGAUCUUUUAGACUACAUCCCCUGACCCAAAGAGACAUCACAUCUGUCCUGCCAGUUAGGGAUGGACCUUAAUAACAGCGACACACUGAGCCAUGUAAAUAUACAUGACACAUAACUUUUUUAACUGCACCAAAUUUUGCAUAAUGUCACACUGGUACUAGAAAAAUGAACAAGAAACAUUGCAGAAACCUUUUGCAUGUGUUGGCUGCAUACUGAACUUUCCCAAAAGGGUCUAUCCACUGGUAUCCAAAAGGUGUCAAAGGAAAUACCUCAGAACAAUAUUCUAUUUAGCAGUAACCUCUUUGGGGUCUUUAUUUCUGUGAUAGCUUGAUCAAGAAUGUAGUCCUGCAAAAGAAAAAAGAAAAAAGGAGAAAGAUAGGACAGACUAGUACCAAUAGUCCUAGUAGAGUGGGUUUCCCUUAGAGAAAAGGGAAAUAGUGGCGGGAACCGUUAGUGUCUAAUAGCACAAUCCCAAAUAUAAAAUGUAGCUUUUAAUAAUAACUAACUAAAAAAACACAAAUAAUGGUGGAUUCAAUUGCCCUCCAAAACAGCUAUGUCUGUAUAUAGCCGAACAACGGCACCUCCAGGAGCGGUCAGAAAAAGAGUCCCUCUUGGGGACUGGCAGCUAUUAAUAGCAGAGUGUAAAAAAGAGGUAGAACAAUGUUACAAAAUAAGUAACCACACGCUACUUGAUACUGAGUAGUGUAAUAAGUAACCACACACUGCUUGAUACUACGUUGUGUGGAUAUAUUGGCAAGACAGUAUCCACUGUGAGUCUAUAUUACCCUCACAGGAUACGAUAACGUAUCAAGGUGGAAUACUGUCAGGAUAAAUAGUAAAUUAUAUGGUGUGAUUACCAAUACACCUUACAGGAUCAUGUUUGAUGCUGCAAGUGAGAACCUGUCCAAUUAUAAAGCUAAAUAGCUGACACAAAUUAGGGAGAGAGGAAGCUAAUGAUAGGUGUGGCAAAAAAAAACAAAAAAAAAACUACUAAGCACUCAGUAGAUAUGUUAGAUAUAUAAGAGCCCUAGCCGCUUGUGCCUUCGAGGGCACCCCUUAACCCAAAAAGCCUAAUAGCUCCUAAUACUUAUCAGUAGUAUGCCCACCCCCAAAUUUUAAAAUGCGCUCAAAAGAUAUAUAUCGAUGCCGUAAAUGCUCCUAAACGGAACCCCCCAGGUUCGGAGUUGCCGAUAGGUAUAGAUUAUCCUGUCUAAGUAGCAGGGUAGCAAAGUAUUAGGACACUGAUGGUGCAGUAAAAAGGAGAGGAUAACGCCGGGUACAAGCUUGCCAGUCCCCAAGAGGGACUCUUUUUCUGACCGCUCCUGGAGGUGCCGUUGUUCGGCUAUAUACAGAUAUAGCUGUUUUGGAGGGCAAUUGAAUCCACCAUUAUUUGUGUUUUUUUAGUUAGUUAUUAUUAAAAGCUACGUUUUAUAUUUGGGAUUGUGCUAUUAGACACUAACGGUUCCCGCCACUAUUUCCCUUUUCUCUAAGGGAAACCCACUCUACUAGGACUAUUGGUACUAGUCUGUCCUAUCUUUCUCCUUUUUUCUUUUUUCUUUUGCAUUUUUGGUGAAGCUAUUCACUAGGGGUUAUUCCCCACAUAGGAGAUGUUUAUUUAAAUCACCCCUCCCCCUUUUCUUUCUUGUUUUUUAAGAAUGUAGUCCUUUUUUAUCAGAAGAGCUGCUAGGUUCCUAUUUCCUUAUACUCUCCUUGGGCUAAUAUGGGAUGUAUUUUUCCCCUUCAGUGUAUCCUAAAAUAAGGUUCAUCACUGCAUUAGAAUGACAUUGUAGUAGUCAGUAGCAAUACAAUAGCUAUUUGUAAUUACAUCAAAGAGACUGAGGUUUAAGAUUAUUAAGCAAGUUGUUCUUAUGUUGGGAUGUUGCAGGUAGCAUAACAUGCACCAACAAUCUAUAAUUCAGCUUUAGUGGAGGGAUUAGUGUGAGCCUGGUUUAGCAGAGGUUUUUCCUUUUUCUUUGCAAAUCUCUUUGGAUUAAACACGAGGAUGAUACAAGUGUAGGAAUUUAGAUACGUUGUAUCCUCUCUACAAAACAUUGGACUCUAAAAGGUGGAACUAGACUUGGACAUGGCAGAGAAUGUCAGUUCUUGCAAAUAGAUUCAGACGAAAAUGAAUUUUGUUUCGGCGAGCCGAAUUUCGGUCUCUAUUUCAUUCCUUCUAUCGAAAUUUGGUCCAUAAUGCAUUUCAUAGGUUUUGGCCUCAUUAAUAUGGUGUAUUUUUUUUAAUGCUCAAAACUUUAUAGUUUUUGCAUAAAAUAAAUGUUUUGCAGAAAGCCGAACCAUAUGCCUGCCUCUUUAGCCACUCCAGAAAAAGACUUCCUUUUCAAAAAGGUAUGUACACAGUCACUAGCAUUACUGAAUGUUCUGAACUACAACACAACCUGCAUUAGAAGGAUAGAACACCCAAGAAGGGAUAUAGUAAGGAUAUCACUACCUGUUUGCGGUUUCUCUGACUGUCUGCACCCAGGUUGUGAAUUAAAAUCCGCUCACUCAGUGCUGUUGGAGCUGAGACUGUGUACACAAAUUUGAUAAGGAAGUCUUUCUGACAUGAAGGGCAUAGCUACAAAGGCAGGCCUGUAUUGCAGCAUUCUGGAAAACAUUUAUUUAUUUUUUUGUGCAAAAGUUAAAAAUAAAUUGACUAUGCAAAGAAAUAAUAAUAAACAUAACAAUAAGGCCAAAAUCUAUCAACGGCAUUAAAGUUGUAUUGGUGCCAAGAGUGUCCCUUUAAGUACACAAGUCCCUAAUUUGGUACCCUUAUGUGGGAUGGCUAUAUUUAAGGGUUCCAAAUUAUGGAGUGAGUUGUAAUAAUAGAUUGCUCCACAUUUUGGUAUCCUUAAAUAAGGCAAUGCCACACAAGAAUACCAAAUUAUCUAGUAAGCAGCUAAAAGAUCAAAAUUAAGAAAAAACAUUUUCUUAAUUUUGCUCUUGUCGAUGUUUAGUAGAUAACUACCUAAAUAAAAAUUGAUACUCUAUUUAAGGGUACCACACUAGGGAGCUGUUAGUAGAUAGCCCCUUAUGUUGGAUUGACAUAUUUAAGGAUAUCAAAUAAAGGAGCUAUCUACUAAACACAAUAGGUCCUAUUUUGGUACCCUUAAAUAUGGUAAUCCUACAUAUGGAUACAAAUUAACUAAUAAACAAAUUGUAUAUUGAAGAUUGUAGUUUAUUGCACAAUUAAUCCAUUCUUCCAUAGUUAAUUCUUCCAUAAAUCGAUUUUUGUCUGAUUUUUUAUUCUUCCAAAAACAAAUGCCCGUGUCUUGUUGGAACACUGUUGUAUAAGGCAAGUGCUAGUUACAGUAAGAAACAUUUGAUUUAGCAGCAGAACCUGAUUAUGUUUUUUUCCAGGGAACUGGGCAGGGUGCCAUAUUGGGGCCCCUCCUAGAACCCUGUGCUCUGUUUCUGUGGUGUGUGUGUUGACGGAGUGAUGUGCGUGAGAGUGUUGUGUGAAUGGAGGAGGAUGAGAACUGUAUGAUUGAAGGCUAAGUAUGUCUGUAAGUGUUGUUUGUGUGGUGGCUGAACUGAAUGUGUCUCUGUAGAGGAGUUUGACUGUUGUGUGCGUAUGUUGAUAUACCCUCCUGGGAACAGAGGAAAAAAUGGUCUUCCAAUAUGCCAUCCAUUUUUGGUGAAAAGGAAGAGUAAGUUCCCAGGAUGUCCUCUUUACAAUACAGCAGGGAUCGAGAGAGUAUUUUAAAAGAAUAAAAGGAGAUGCAUGUGACCAAAAUGUCCAGUACAGAGGGCACAAGUUAAUGGACUAGGUCUCAGGAGGGUACGAUAGAUUCCUUGUGGUCUUGUGGAGGGUGAGCUGGAUCCCUGGUGACCUUGGGAGGGAGCUCAAUCCAAAAAUACAGAAAAAAUAUCAAGUGAAAACCGGUGCCCUGUUUGAGGCCGUAGCCUAAGCGACCUGACUUGGUCCCUAAGCGACCCGACUUGGUCACCUAAUGGGUAAACUGGUUCUGUUUGGCUGCUGUUUCUCUAUUAAUUACAUUUCUCUUGGGGGGUGGACGGGGGACAUUUAGCUGCUCUGCAGGGUUUCAGUUUUUGCACUGUUAUGUCACAAUAUCAGACAUAUUUAUUUUCUGGGGUUGGCUGUUUCCCUUAUUUCAUAUAUGUAUUUAAUAUAGAUAUUUAAUUUUCUUUCUUUUAAUAAAUUGAAUGUCCCCAACAGCACCCUUUUACAUGGAUUUUUUGUUUUGUUUUGUACUUAUACCAAAAAGAAAACUAAUUAGAAAUUAACAUCAGUGUUAAAUACAUAAAUAUAGCAACUACUGAUAUAGAUCCAAAUAUUGAUAUUUGUUAUAUUCAGAGGAAGCCCAAAUUAUUAUUUAAGUGCACUUGGAGAAGCGUGAAUUAGACACCAGACGCGUGUUGGUUAUCAAAAUAAGCCUCUGUCGUUUAUUUUUCAGUUGGGUUUUUAUACAUUAAAAAGUAAGUGCUUACGUGCAAAUACUCAUAGGACAGUAGUAGGAAGGGAGUAAAAGGGUUAAAGGAGUACAGAUAAGACCUAGUAAUGAACGUCAUGUACACACAACAAAUAAGUUCAGAGAAAGAGAAAGAACAGACUGAUUGAGAAGACACAGCUCAGGUGGGGGCUAUCUGCUCCCUGAACUAGAUAUAUAUGGUCUUAAGUGUCGUUUUAAGCAUCAAGCAUUUCCUGAGUCCAAGUUAGUCAAUUUUAAUAUAGGAUAUCUAAUAUGACACCUAUAAGCUUGAACCUUGGAAUCAAAGUAAAUUCUAUCACACUGCUUGUUAAUAUCUAUAUUUUCUUCUCCCUACAUGUGAUCAACUCUGUUUGCUGUUAUUAAAUCGUUUUUUGUUUUGCUUGUUCUUUUCCAACAUAUAUCAUAGAAUAUCUGUUCAUAGAUUACACUACCCCUGUCCCCCUCCUUGUUUAUCCAUUUUCCAUAACUGUACUCUCGUUUUUUUUUUUUCAUGUUUUUUUUUUUUUUACUGAGCUUUCAACCUGUUAACGGAAAUCUGGAAAUUCUUUGACUCUGGGCGUUUCUGACAGGAAAUCAAGAUAUAUUUUUAUUAACCUUUUAACUCCAAUGAAAGCUCUUUAGUGCAUGGAAGCUAAGAACCAGUCCUCAAUGUCAGGAUGUGUGCUGCUGUACACACUUUGGCAUGUUGCACGAUUUGUGUUAUCCCACAAGUUGGGCACUGUAUUUGUCAUUUCCCUUCAUUCCCAAUCAGCCUUCAGUAAUGUAGACUUACCGAGCAUCAUGGGAAAUAAAGUCCAGAAAUAUCUAAAGUGUCUAUAUAUCCAUCAAUGUAUCAGCUCUACCCUGUUACAGGGUAUUGAAUUUGUAUAAUUAUUCCUUAAGGACAAAUCCUGGCAAUGAACAGGUUAAUCCAGUCUUCGAGGGGUAGGAAGGAAAUGGAAAGGGCUGUGCACUAAUGAGCUGCGUAAUCAACCAUACAUGUUUGGCCGGGGCACAUUUUCCAGAUUAGGGAAAAUGUUUCCUAAUUCUCCCAUUUUUUUACAGUAAUUUUUUGUUUUGUUUAAGAGCUGAAUUUAAAUGUUUAUAAACGUCAGAGCAAGUAGAUAUCCCACCUACAAAACAAUACUUCUCUUGAUUAAUUAGAAUACUCUGAGCCCUCUCUCGCUUAAUUAGAAUUAAUUAGCUUUUUUCAUAAACAAUAUUAACUGUAAACUGUAAACCUGUAUAGGUCACCUAUCAACCAAUGUUCAUCUAGGUACACUUUAUCAAUAAAUCCAAAGGUAUAUGCAAAUAUGAAUAAUCCCAUGUAAUUAAAUAAUUUGCAAGAUAGGCAGAACAGCAUGUGAUUACUUAACAAGUAUAUAUGUAUACAGUAUGUUCUAUCUAUCGUUUACUGAUACCGAUAGAGCUGUCCAUUAAUUAUACCGCCCAGCUCAAAGAAGCAAAGUGUGAUCAGGAAGCAGGUAAAUUAUUUGUGACAUCUGGAGCCUCUAGUUCAAACGUCCUUAUGUCAGAUGUCCUGUUAUGUAAAGGCUGGUGUUGUAGGUGGGGAGAUUUGAUUGACACCUGAAUCACUAAUAAAGUAUAUAUUUUAAUUCCAAUUAAAGUUGAAUUAUUGGAAGGGUUGGAUAUCAGGGGAGGAGAUAGUUGCUCCUUCACUAAGUACCAGCUGCAACACUUCAUACAAUGACAGGCAUAGAUAGAAUAAAGCCAUGAACUGUAUUCGCUUGAAUAAUUAUUCUGUCUAUAUCAAGCAGGUCCCUCUGAUAUGUGAAACAAAGCCAAUCAGUAUCCAUCAAAUCAUGGCGUACCAGCGGAAUGGCUGUGUGAAAAGUCGGAGCGCACCUCACCUCUCCACGUCCCCACAGGAGUUUCACCAGGUACAAGUAGAUCCCGAGACAGAGAGCCCUGAACCCUCGGGAAAAUGCUCAGACAAAGACCAUUGCACAAUAGAGAUCAGCGAGCUGGAGACGAACGUCUAACAAAAAACGAUGUAGGACAUUCACCAGCAAAUAUUCAUUAACUGCCCUGCAGCUAGUGGAGAAAUACGGCCUUUUCUUUUCAUUAUCCGUCAGGAAGAAGGUACACAAUACAUUAUAAUCAUGAACCAGCAUCAAGAGAAAGAAACUAUUUGUAAAAACUUUUAUUUGUCUUUGGAAUGAUCCAGGGGCUGGCAACCAUACCCACAAGGCUGGUGACUUAUACCACGUGCCACAACUCGUAGUUAUCAACAAUCCACAAAGCUAACCACGGACGUUAAAAGUUUCAUUUCAUUCACCACCACAUCUUGUUUUUCCUUAGUCAUCUAUCCUGUCAUUUCCAUUAGUAGUUGAAUUUUGAUAAAGAUCAGCUGAUGUAUACUUUACGAAGGGUGGAAGAAAAGAGCAAUACAAUUAUUGUUGGUUGGCAUGCUUAAUGGAACAGAACAGGGAAAUGGAAAAUAAUUAGGAUGCAAAGCAUUGCUGUGGAAAGAACAAUGGGAAACGAUUGAGAAAGUUGUUAUUGUUCCCCCACGUGUGCGUCUGAUCUUCUGAUGUUAUGGCGUACGUUACAUAACAGUUUGCACAAUGCUGAAUAAGAAUUGGCACAAACUGCCAAGUGAUUUUCCAGAAGUACAGAAAAUAGAAGUGACAAAGAAAUCACCAAAAUAUGGUGCCAGGACUAUUUGGCAAUUGGUCAAAUCAAAACACAGGCUUCACUACAAAGUAAAAAAGAAAUGGAGACAGUUUAUAAUGGAAAAUGCUUCCAAAAUAACAUUUUAGUGCAAUUGAGUAGCAUAUAGAUACAGGGAUUUAUUCACUAAGCUGGAAUCUUGGAGAAAUAAGGGAUUUGCAAUUUUUUUAGGCUGGACAAAUUCUUUACUUCAGUGAAUUGGCUAUUUUCAUCUAAGAUUUGCAAGUCUCGAUGUCACUUGUCAGCAAAACACAUAUUAUCUGUCAAAGCAGAAAUGUUUUAAAAUCUGAGGUUUCACCACAUUUCCAGUUGAUUAAUAGAUUUUACUAGGACAGUGUGCCAUGUGAGUUUACUGAAUCCAGUUGAAUAUGACCUCCCAAAUUCGCCAGUUUUGGCAGGGCCACCCUGAAUUUAAGAUCCUGCCAUCCCAGUAUAGUAUACCCCCAACAUCAACUUCCUGAGAAGCGAACGCUGGUGGGCAGAAUAAAAGGGGGAUCGUCAGUGAUGCAAAUAUCUUCACUUCUGCUAUCCAAAUAGGACAGAUCCUCACUUUCUUGGGAAAAUACCUGGUGUCUCCAAAAAUGGGACACCAGAAACAAAGUCUAGAUGGAGGGACAGGACCCUGAAAUAGGGACUGUUCUGUUGACAUCAAGACUGUUGGAGGCCUAGGUUAGCUCCCUGGAGUGGAGUCCUGCACUCUUUUGAGUAUCACUAGUGAGGCAAUGGAUGUUACUUGCAUGCCCCCAAAGGCCUGCCCACUAUGUCCCAAUGUCAUACCUGUCAAUGUUGAGAGGUUUGCAUCCCUGUAUCUUAUAGCUGCUUAUCGUGUGCUUCCAGUGCUCUCUUACCAUAUUGCUGACUGGCACAGCACCCAUGGCAUGAGUAUGGACCAGGAAGUAAAUUAUCUAACAGUAUUAAUUGUAGGAGUAUAAAUAUAUACCAAAGACUCCAGUGACUCCAUAAUUUAUUGGGUCAACAUUUUAAUUUAGUGCAUACACAUUCAUCAGCACAUAUAUCAAUGGGUAUGUAUACAAAAAGAAAAAAAAAUCACAUUUUGCCCCUUUAACAAAUUUCUUGUUCAAUUUUUAUUUAUUAGAUGCUAACAAUAGCUGAAAAUAACAAAGAUGUGACCUAAUAAUAUCCUGUUUUUGUAUUGUGUAAUAUAUAUAUAUGCUUACACUUAUGUGAUAUAUAUGUACAAUAAUAACCUCAGAAAAUUAUUUCUAUAAUAAUUUUUUGCUAAACAUCUCGGUGAUAACGUUUCUUAAAAGGGUGGUUAAAGCAGAGAAUUCAUGGGAAUUUGCUUGGUACUGUCAUAUAAUAAAUUAAAAACAACAUAUACCUCAUGAUCAUUAUUUUUUUUAAAUGGAAUGGUCACUCCCAUGAUAUUUAAUAUUAUAUUUACUCAUCCCAAUAUAUAAUACAUUUGUAUUUGUAAAGGUAUUAAAAAUUAAAAUGAAUGAAAUCCACACAUCCUUUUCCUGCAUCCUUGCACCUCCAUCUUAGCCCCCAUAAAUCUGUUCAGCAAUAAUUAUUAUUUUUUUAAACUGAACAAAAUAAUUCUAGCUUUCCAUGAUUUCAGCUGAGUAUUGAAGGCUUUCAGUAUCAACAGUCAUGUCAACAAACAGUUUAAUAUUCUCUGUGAAGUUGAUGGACAGGAACUACUAAUCUGUUCAACGAUGGUAACGUAAGAUUCUGAUUGGCUGUUGACACCAUACAAAAAUAAUGAUGUAAUGCCACGAUGGCCAUCCCUAUUUUGAAAUAACGGCCUACACUAACUAGAUGAAAAUAACAUUUAUCUAAAGGAGAUAUUCUUUUAAACUGAUUUAAUUAAAGUUUUAUUUCACAGAGGAGCAGAUACACUGUGUAUUCUAAUUUAUCUUGUACACUUUAGGACAGGUGCAGGGGAAACAGGGAAAUUGUGCUAGAGACUUGCUGAUUGUUUGGCAGGGCCUAGUUGGACAGCUUGGUCUCUUAAAGGGAAGCUCUGGUCACCAUAACAACUUAAUCAGAAUGAAGUUGUAAUGGUGUGAGAAAUUGUCUCAAAAAAUGUACAUUUUUAACUCAUUUUUCUCAAUGCGAUCCUACUGAUAGGCUUAGAGCGUCAGCAGACAUUUUCAGCCUAUCAGUGGCUUCCUUGAUCCUUGCGGUAAACCGAGCCUGGGGACCUUCUCGCACCAUAGCAUCUUUAUUAAGCAGCAGGCAGGGUGAUACUUCAGUACCAGGUGUCCAAGGUGUAAAAUAAACGGAAUGGAGAGAAAAAAAGGAUUCUGUAAUGAUUUAGUGGGAACCAAUUAGAUUAUUGGGUAUGUUCUCACAACUGGUGCCAUGCUGUUUGAGUCACACUGAGUAAAGGACUGGGGAUAAUAGGAGCCAUCUUCUGCUUAUAUAUAGGGUGGUUACCUGAGAAAAGAGAGUUCUUCAUAAUGGAGGGGAGUUCCCCCAACUUGAAGAUACUAUUGAGCAGCUUUUCCCCUAAGCUACCCUGUAAACAAUUCCAGUUUACCACAUGCACUGGGAAUCAGCGGGCAUUUAUAAUGUUGCUGCCUCUCCCCUGUCCUUGGUGGCUGAAUAAUGUUAUUUGCAGCUCCCGAGGAGAGCUCUGGGAUAGAUACUGCUAUGCCAACAGACGUUAAAAGAGAGCCUGCAAGGGGAAGCCAGUUCUCCCCUCCCUGUGGGUGCUCCUUACCACCUCCCUUCUUUGCAGGCAGCUUUUAUUUAAAAAAAAAAAAACCUCCCUGCCUCCGCCUCUCUUACUUCCCCUUGCUGCCCCGGUGUGUGCGCAUGCCCUCCGAGCUAAAAACUGGUCCAAUCACAGUCUUCUCUAUAAGAAGCCUGUGAUUGGGCCGUGACCCAGUAAAGUAAUAAUUGGGCGUGGAAGUCAGAACUUCGUCUAAUGCUUGGUUCAAGGUUUUACUGCAAUCGGAGCCGGGGGACCUUAUACAUAGUACCCAGUAGUGCAUUUUACACAGACGAGGUCCUCCCCCACCCCCCGCUCCAAUGGGUUAAAAUAAUCAUUUAACAUAAUACAAAUGCCCUAGUCCAAACCUGGGAAAUUUUCAAUAUGUCAAUCAGUAUCUUUACAGUUUUGCUGCUUUGGGACAAAAAUUGAAUUCACCUCGAGUGUAACGCAUUCCUCACUUUACUGAAUAACGCUGUGUGUGGGGAGAUUCAGACACAGUGAGAGAAAUCAUAGUGGAUGUGUUAGUAAAUAUUAUAGCAAAUUAUAUCCAAAUUGCAAUCUCUAGGCUAAACCAGCCAACCGGUAAGACUCAAGCCAAGUAAGAGAAUUUUUCCAAACCUGAUUUUUGCAAUUUGGGUUGAAUUCAUAAAAAUUCACAGUUUAGUAAAUAACUCUGUAUGGGAUUGAUUACAGUGUGAGGUUCAUAUGGGAGCAGGACAUCCAAAGGAACAUUUUAUUAUUCUGUGACCUGGCAUGGCAAUGCAGGAUAAAUUAACCUUAAUUUAUUACAGAACAAAUGAGUAGGAUGUGUGCUCCUGUCUAAAAUUACAACAUAAUACUUUCCACUUAUGAAAAGCCAACUGUUAAGGAUUGAAAAUAAAAAUAUUCCGCUUGUUUAAUAUUCAUUUGCCGCUAAUGGAAUUUUUUUUAAAAAUGGAACUCUAAGAUGGGUGGAAGCAAUGUGUAAAAAGGGACAGUUGAAGGCUGUUAUGGUGGAGGCUAGCAAUAUCUCUUUUUGUUUCAUUUUAGAGAAUAAACUAUUUGGAAAGA